AUGGACUUUGUUAUUUUUUCUUUUCUCUUAAUAUUUAUUAAAGAGACGUUUGGAGUGCGUUAUGGCACCCCCAACAACCUCCAACCUUAUAUGUGAGUAACCUUCUCUUGUGGACUCUGUUAACUUAUUUCUCCCUUUUACUCUUCAUCUUCCCCUAGAAGUUUUGUGCAUGUGUGAAAGUUGAGUAUAACUUUGUUGGGAAUACUCAAACAGUGGCAGAAACCUGAGGCUUGAACAGUUUUUUUAUGUAAAGAGACAUCACACAUCAGAUGGUUGACAGAUCUUUUUUCUUUUGACUCUUGAGGGUUCAUUUUUCUGUUUUUCUCCCUGCAAGGUAUCACUGUAAUGCAGGUAAUUAUGUGGAUUGUCUGCACUGCAUACCGAAGUCUGUCAGACACUAUUUUGUUUUAAGCCCCUAAAAGUGAAAAGCCAGACAAUUCCAACAGCUAUUUUAAACCCUGAAAUAAUAAAUGAAGUGAGAGAAGAUUCUCUGCUGUUACCUGCCGCUGACAAUACGCUCAUUCAUAGGGAUAAUGUGUACAGCUGGAGGUGAUGGUGAUUACUAUUGUUUAUGAGAUGAGCAGCUGGAGGUUGUCUUUAAGAUUCCUGCUGAUCUCCACAUGCCGAGCCUCCUGGUGUCUCUGCCUGUCUGACAGUCCUUGGAGAGUUACCAAAGUGAGUAAAUGUCUUGUAGAUCAGCAGCACAUGGUGUGAAGACAUCAGAGGCAGGUCUGCCUGUGAACCCAGACAGACUUUGUGUAAGAGGGACAGAACAUCACAGCUGAAGGCUUAACUCAUUUUACCUGAGGGAGAGGGAGCAGGGAGGUGAACUGUCUUCUGUCUCUGCUGACAAUCAGUCUUCUUGUACGUACAAGUUUAAGCGUGUAUCUGCCACUGUAUGUCCAGCUUUGAGGCAUAAACAGUUUUGGGGGAAUUGUUUGGAAAAUUUUGGCGUGUUUUUGCUCUUUUCGUUUAUUUCGAAAAUGUCGCAAUAGGAAGUGGCAACCCACCAUCAUGUGCUUUUGUUUCCCAGAAAACGUGGCCCACAUCUAAAGCAUUUUCAUCUUGUCUGGUUGUGAUUGUUUUUGUUCGCUUUGCUUUUUUACUUUGGCAGUGGGAGAUAAAAAUAGAAUUUGAAAAAUCCAUGCCACGUUUUUGUCCAUUCCACUUUCCAAAAGGAGGGAUUUCACAUGUAUUCUGAGUCUAAACUGACCUUCAGGUAUCAUCAGAGAGGUGAUAUUUAAGGAAUUCCCCUUGAGUCCUUAAAAAAUCCCAACACAGGUGAUGCCCUCAGAAAUAUGACGUCAUAAAACACAUACAAGGAAGCUCCAUGCAGGCUUUGCCCAUCUAUCUUUGCAGGAACAUCACUAAAACAACUCGUAAAUUCCCUCCGUGCCAUCUGUACAUCUGUAAAAAUAGCAGAUCAUUUUGACACCCUAAGUAUUUUCUGCCGCUGGUUUUGUUGCAGGCCUAAUGUGUGCUUGGAGAGGGAGGUGACGCUGGUAGCCCAGAGGCAGCCGUGUGUGCAGGCCUUCACACGCAUGGUAAAAGUGUGGAAGCAGGGCUGCGUGGGACAGUCAUGGUGCAUGGGAUACGAGAGGAGGUGAGUAAUGCAUCUAUCUGUAAUCCAAAUGUCUGACUCCGUUCUUACACAAACACUCACACGUUCACCUGUAGGGGAUGUCGUGCUUCAACCCUUGGCUGGAGCACAGCAUUAAUUAAUGGUUGUGUGUUUACUUUUUUGAGUCAUGCAAGUUGAAGAAUUCAUCCAAGAAGGCACAAUCUUUUAUUUAAGUCUGCACAGUAUCAAACAAAAUGAGUUUAACUCCCUGAUCUCACCUUCCUUAUCUCCAGCGCUUGUUCUGUAAUCACAGCUUUGAACCUCUCAUAGGCAACCCUUUUAAGUGCAAGGUGUAGCCCCUCUUCUGUUUAACACCCAGGCAUCACUGCAUUCCUUUGAAGGAGUCCCAGAGAUAGCGUUUUUUUUUUAAGCCCUUUUUUCCUCUGUGUUGCUCAUGCUAAGUCUUCCUGCGAUUUUUUUACCAUGUUGCAAAGUCAGGAGCCCGCUUUGAAGGCAGCCAAGGCCGCAAUUACUUGCUGUAAACAAAACAUGUUACCACAGUGUCUGCGGAGCAAUGAGAGGGGUCCCAAAGUACAGGGAUAGACGACGCUCUCUGAAGUCUGCGAGUCUGAUACUUUAAAACAGCAGCUUUAAAAGUCUGGGAAAAUGUUUGCUGAACAUUAAAGCGGAUGACGGGGAGUCAAUGGGUCAGAUUACGUGUUUGUUUUCUAAAUCCACUGGUAAUUAGCCAUAUUAAAAAUCUAAGAUUACGUCAAAUAUCACUGGAUUAUUUUCUUGAAUUUUGCUUUUUUUUUUUCUUUCUUAAACAGUACAGUUGUAAGUUUUUGACAGCGUUAUUUAUAUCUACAGGACGGCUUACUACACAGCGUACAGACAAGUGUACAGACAGGAUUAUCAGACUGUUUACAAGUGUUGCCGUGGAUGGUCUCAACUCAACGGAGAAGCGGGAUGUCUUUAUCGUAAGUACCCAAAUGUUUCUUCUUUCUGUCUUUCAUUCUUUCAAAGUUUGACAUUACCUUGACUGCGAGGAGGUACGUUUAAUUACAGGCAGUAUGUCUUUUCAUGACUCAGCAGCAGGGGGGAAGUUUGCCUGAAACGUCACCCUGCCCGCCCUCGGUACAAACCUAUGAUUGAAAGGUUUUCAGUAAGAGUCAAAAAGGGUCAAGAGGGGCUUUGCCCAUCCAGACCCAUCAGCAGAUGUUAUCAGUCAGUGCCAUGUCCACAGUUGCAAAAUCCCACAGGGUUCAAAUGAGGCGAGCGGGAAAAGAAAUCUCAAGUGUUGACAGAGUUGAAGUGUUGACAUUUCCACCAAGGUGAGGCUCGCAAGACUACACUUAAAAAAUAAGUACAAUUCUGGCUUAGUUUACGACAGAAAGCCCUGACUUGACUUUUUUGUACUUUGAAGUGUAAGUUCAAGCCUUAAACGUUCACAUUCCCAGCCACGCUCUGGUCCCAUGUCUAAAUCUUGGCUCUCAUCCACACAGUCAUGCCACUCCUCUCUUUCAGAGGUGUGACAUGGCAGUGCAGGUCAGGGGAUUACAUUACGGAUAUUCAAGUAGACAAGCCGUUUAAGUGUUUACCCCAACCACUCACAGUCAAGGCCCCCAAAACAAUACCCAUCAGCUCAUGUUGGGGGAGACCACCUGCUGGCGCGCACAAAAAGAAGAGUAACAACAUAUGAAACUGCUCUCUGUGAUUCCAGUCCUUGGGUCCAUGUAUGGACAAGUAGUUCUGUUGGUCACAGUGGGGCUGCCAGCAGCUCAUCUCCUUGUGGAUAAGCUUAGCUUCACACCGCUGAGACCAAGAAGAGUCCUUUGAUGGGAUUUUUCCAGCCAGUGAUCCAGAUCGCAUAGCCUGCAUACCUUAGAGAGACCCUUGGCAAAGCCUUCCUGUAAACAGUUUGUCCCCUGUCCGGUAGACAGUUCCCACUUCCUUGCUCCCAGACCCAAACUUUGAGCCCAGUACAGGCCCAGUACUCUCUGAUGGGGACAGAGUGUGGUAGAAGAUCUCCUGGAUGUGCCUGUCAUCAGUGUCUUAUUAUGGCAUCCCGGCUCCUUUCAAAGAGCCCUUUGUUUCCAGGAAAAGGUUACAGUAUUAAAUGAUACAAGGAAGCAUUACACUGUCAUUUUUAAAACAAACCAGACUCAUUUCAGAGCACUUAUAAAGAAAUAUCUGAGAGAGACAUUCCUCAGGGCUGCCCGGUGUCUCCCCUCACUUGGGUUUUGUUUCUCGUUUUCGCGUGACAAUGGCUGCUCUCUUCGACGCGAGGCGAGAGCUUUUUAUCUCUGUAACCGAAGACGUGGCAGCGCUUUGAGAUGGGACAAACUAAUCACCCUUUUCUCUGAGCCAUUGAACCAGGAUAAAAGGAAGCUCACACCACAAUCCUCCCUCUCUCACCCCUGCGCACUUUGCUGCGCACUAUCUCUACUGUACCUCAGUCAGCACAAUGCAAUCUGCGGCGCAGUUUUCAACGGCAACUCUGACAUCCAAAAGAGAAAAUCUGCUUUGCGAAAUGUACAGCUUUAGCAAAUCUUCUGAAAAUCCCCCAAAAGACGGGAAGAUUGUGAAGAUUGUGGAGAUGGGAAUGCUUUGUGUGGAGAUGGUGAUUUAGUGCCUGGCUCAUCUGAGGCUUCUUUCUCUCUCUCUCUUUCUCUCUCUCUUGUGUAUUGCCCCUCAUUCUCUGUGUGUGUUCCCUAAUAAAAUGUCAGUGUUGGGUAAUUAGGCUAAUGAUUUGUGGUCAUUGUGAGCUAGUGAGGCAGAAUUGAGGCUCUAAUCAUGUUGUAGACACGGCAAACAAAGUCGUCAGGAAGAGUCUUGGAGUUUGCCUUUCAUUCAGUUCACCUGUGUUUCUCUUUCUCCUCUGUGUUCAUCCAUUACACAGAUGUUGACGUCUUCUCGCAGUCUCGCAGUGAAUGACUUUUGUUGUUGUUCUCUCCUGCAUUCUUUGCCCUGCAUAAUGAGUCACACAUUUGGUGAAAGUGUAUACCACAGCCCAGUAAACAUCUGGUUAUUUUCACAUUUUAUUCCACCAUUUUGACCACCACCUUUCUGUUUUUCCAAAUCUCUCUGUUGAAGGUUUCUAUCAUGUAAUUACUGUAAUUAUGAGAGUUUAUGAGUUUUCCAUUUGCACAAUGGCAUCGGUUUAGACUUCUAGAGCAGUUUGCAAAUUUUUCUGAUUUUUUUAGUUUUUGCUUCCAAGUUUUGAUCAUUUCCAGAAUUAUUGCACAAAAAGUGUCUCGUCUCUUUGGACUGAGGCCUUUGCUGUUUUUUUCAUCUUGUUGGUAAGUUUUUUGUCCAGAAAUGUAAAAUGCAGCUGCAACUUGGAGUGAUUUUAAUUUAAGUCCCGACAACUUUAGUAUGGCUUUAAAAACUGCUCAGUAAAGUCUUAAAGGGGAUAUUUCAGCAUAAAAUUAAGUUAGGGUCAAACACACUGUAACACCAAGUUAGACACCCCGUCGAGAGAUGAAUGUUGCCGACUGCUUGCUACUACAGUUAAACCAACUUUAGUAAUGACCGCACGAUAGCAAUAGACAGCGGUCCACAGUACAUAAGGGGUCCCGGCCUUAGAACUAGUAACCUAACAUCUUCUUUGCCUGAUUUCUUUAGCAAAGAGACUAAACACGAUUUACCCACUCUCUUCCAGCAGCUGCUUCUUUGUAAUUAGGCUUGGGCAAGUCCAAACUGACUGCAGGGUGUCGCAGCUCAAGGAAGAACAUUUAUGAUCAUUACUUCAUGGAAAUGCAAUCAGACCGAGACGCUAAGGCAGAAGAACUACCGCAUCUGCAGUGCAAAAUGAUUAAUAUGAUGAUUAAUACUUCAAGGAAAUGAUAAAGUAAUGAUCAUAAAUGUUCUUCCUUGAGCUGCGUCACCCCCCUGCAGUCAGCUUGGACUCACCCGAGUUCUAUGUAUAAACAAGCGGCUGCUGGAAGAGAGUAGGUGAGUUGUGUUUAGCCUCUUUGCUAAAGAAAUUCGGCAAAGUUAAAAAGAUGUUUGGUGGCUAGUGCUGUGGCUUGGACCCUUUAUGUUCUGUUGAUGAAGUUAGGUGCUGUUCUGAGCAUUAUUUGUGGCUAUAGAGUGGCGUUUUGGUUGAGCGCAUGGCUCUCUGUAUUGCUAUUGUGCGGCUGUUACUAAAGUUGGUAUAACUAGAGAAGCAAGCGGUCGGCAACAUUCAUCUUUGGAUGGGGUGUCUAACUUAAUUUUACGCCAUAAUAUCCCUUCAAGUAAGAGCUUGUAAUCAUCAGUCAAAGAAGUGAGGUUUAUGAUGGUCUGAAACUCAGAAUCACAGCAUUCGAGAAAUAUGGAUUAGCAGAAAAGAUCCACAGUCUUUUGUCUACAAAAAGUCAACUGGAUGACAUUUGAAAGCUCAAUACACUUUUUCGUAAACCCCUGAAUGCAUCCAAGUUGACUUCUGUGUGUUUUGUAAAGACUCCUCUUGGCUCCAUGACUCGAGCUCUUGUUCUCCCGAAGGUUAAGAGCUCUUGACUUUAUGGUGGCGACUUCCUCCACUUAAACGCUUGAAGCACCUCUUAAUUGAUGAGUCUAACGCUUUUACCGCGGCAACUAGCCACAGGCCUGGUCAGAGGUGGACUGCUGAGGUUAGUUAGGGUGGAAACCAGCAGUUGUGUUGAUUGACAGCGACAGUAUGCUUUGUGACAAGGGCCGAGGAGCAGGGACAAUGGCUCCUCCAGUUUGUCAUCUUCGUUAGCUGCUCAAUAGAAACUUGGCCCCCUUUUGUGGUGGGAGCAGGAAGGCAGGAGAAGGUAGCUACAUUUGGAAAGGGCCCAGAAGCCAGAAAAGAAGAGGAAAUGGUCUUUUGUCCAGCCAUGGGUGGUCUGUGAGUGUGUAUGUGUAUUCCUGCCAUGGAAAACAGUGUCAGCCAUGAAUGCGUCAUGGGUGAGCGAAUGAGUGCAAUGUAAUAAUGCGAGCAAUGCAAAAUAGUGAGUAGCUGAACACAAAUAGACACAGACCGAGGUAUGUACAUGCAAACAGACUGAAAUCAUCAGACUAAGACAUAACAUGGAGCAUUACAUGCCAAAUCAGUGAUGUAAUUUAGUUUGUUUGGUUCAUCAAACGCUGCUUUGAGAUCCCGUUUGAGUAAAUGAGUAACAGCAGUGAGGUUAGCAGGAUAAUCAAAACAAAAUUAAGCUACCGCAUUAUUUAAUCUCUGUGGGACUCGAGUCAAAUAUGUGAGUAAAAACCUGUUUACUCAAAGCAACAUGAGGACUGUUCGGCUAAAUGGAAGAACUUGGAAUUGUGGCUGAUUGUGAAAUUACUCCUAAUCUAGUUUAAAUACGGUAAAUGCGGCUUUCAAAAUCCCCAGUUUAGACUUCAAAUAGACACAGAACUUAAAUAUUUACACAGAGCUGCUGUCCAGUUUGAAUUGCCGGAUUAGCAGAAUGUUCCUGCGCGGAGAGUUGUUCAUCCAACCCACGUCAGUCAAAGUUUGGAGUUGUGCUUGUUUUUCUUUUUCUCUUUUUUUCUUUUUUUUAAAUGAGCCCUCUUAAGUAUGACUUACCUACUGAUGGGCUGUUAAAAAUGUCAGGCUCUUCUAGGGAUGGGGGAUAUGGGCUAAAAAAAUGAUCACAUUCUGGUGAUAAUGAUAAAAGUCCAGAUAAAAAUAUAAUAAUUCGAUUCAAUAUUUUUGACUCAUUUUUUCUUGAGAACACCAGUUGUAGUAGUCAAAUAAGAUACUUAACCACAAGUUUAAGUGUUUGGUUAUGGAGAAAACUAAGAACAUCAAAAAAGGCUAAAAUGUGAAAACAUUUUCAACAUUUAUUGAAAACUCUUAUUACUCUUAGUGAACAGCAGCAGAUCCACUGUCCGAUGUCAGGCAGACCUGCGCUCAUCUAAACCCCAAUCUUUAAGGAAAUCCCUCAUGUGGAGCCUCGUUCAGUAACAAGCUGCUCAGAAACAUCUUCUUCAUUACCUUCGGCCAUGUUUGUUUGUUAUUCUACUCUGUGUGGGCUAUCGCUGCGUUCCAGUUACCUCGGAAGUCAGAAGUCUGAGCUGGGAAUAACGUCACACCUGAGUUACGAGCUUAAGUCGGGAGGAAGCAAAAUCGGAGGCGGAAACAAGAUGGCUACAUCUACAAAAGUUCUUUUAGCGCUUGCCUUGUCCGAAUAUAACAAACAAUUUUCGUAGAUGUAGCCAUCUUGUUUCUGCCUCUGAUUUUGCUUUUUUCUGAUAUGGUAACUGAAACGUUGGUAACUCGGGUGUGACGUCAUUCCCAGCUUGGACUUCUGACUUCUAAGGUAACUCGAACGCAGUUUUAGGCUACGAGUCCGUUACUCACGCUUAUGUCAUCAACUUGCAUUUAUCGUAUUUAUCAUGAGAUGGCAAAUAUUUAUCAUGGAGGUUUUUUCUGACGAUAUAUUGUGAACGAUAAUUUAUCGCCCAUCCCUAGUCUCUUCCCAUGCCUUUAUGGUGUCCAUGGAAACAACAAAGUCAAGCUGAUUGUUCUGCAUACAGCACAUGUAUGCAUCCUGUUUGUUGACAUGGCUAGUCCUUUUGUAUAUCACCUUAAAGUGAAGGUAAGAGAAGAAAUAUAUAAAACAGUCUUCAGCAUACUGAGCAGAUGUCACUGUGGAAGAUGUUGUAAAAUGUGAACUCUUUGUGAUUUGACUAAAAUUAGUAAAAUGUUUACAUAUUCAGAGAACUUUUUAGUCUGGGGAAUGUAAAUAGUUUCAUGAAGGUGGUUUCCCACUCGCAGGACUUUGCACACCAAGACAAUUUGGCUAAGUGUUAUUGUGCCUGACCUGUCAAACUGACCCAGUGUCGGGAUGAUAUGGUGUUUAAAGUCUUUCAAAGAAAUCUGUCAGAGAACAUCUAACAUAGCUUGCCCUGGUUUUCUUUGAAAUGACACAUUCCUUUACAUAGCAAAACAUGAUUUGUAACCCUAAAGUACAGUGCUCUGCUGUGCGCGUACCAAUUAUGGCACCAAACAGAGCCUGGAGCACAGGGCUUUUGUGUCUUUGAGUUGCCCUAAAUGUGGACUCCCUCUGGGUCGCUCUCUGGGGGUUAAAGAGAUCGACUGAGCCAAAACAAACACAGCGCAGCUUCUGAGACGAUGUGGUCAUCUCCUACAGAAGCUGUAAGGCCGGGGUGACACCUGCUCGAGUUUCUCGGCACAAGUCGCUGACCCCGCUCCCUCUGCCUCCUCUUUUUGUGGUAGCUGCUAAUCCUGGCUGUGUGAUGGUGUCUUUGUAACAGAGAGCAGGCUUUCACAGUGACAGAUGAGAGUGAGUUUUAUGCAGCGCUCCAUGCCACAUUAAAGAAUUAUUUCAGGGAAGAUUAAGCAGCAUUCAGGACUCGGUACGGGGGCGGCCCAAAAAUGCCCUGGUCAGCUGCCAACAAUCCUGUCUGUCUCCCAUCUCAGGAGGGGGAAUGUACAUUUUUCUUGUUGUUGCUUUGCCAUAUUAUCCUGAGAGACAUCUGACCUUUUACUUUGUUGCUGGUAAUUUAGUUAAUGUGAAACAUUUUUACAACGAUUGUGGAACGUCUCAUUAAUUUGAUUCCUCACAGCUUGUUUUUAUAUAACCGUCUUGAAGAAAUCUGGAUCUGUUUGAAACUUGGUAUUAAACUUUGCCCUUGAAUAUUCCCAGCUCUUCUUGUCCUCUGUAGUUGUCACCACAUCAAAAUCCCCUUACAUUAGACCAGCAGCUCUGAAAAUGCACAUUGAACUAAUUCUGUGUGCCAUAUCUUUUGCAGCCACACAAACGGGAGGAACUGGAAGUCAUCAUGUACAGAUUAGCAGCGCUGAGACAGUCUUCCUCUCAGAGUACGAUUGCUGUGGCUCCACAAAUUGGAUGAGAUUAAGUCCCAUGAACAGGAACGUGGAUGUAUUUGAAAAUGAGGGGUUGAGUCCGUUUUGUGAGACUGGUAUUUGCCAUAAGAAAGGGGGCAACCGCGUGUGCACAGUCUAGUGCAAAUGUGGAUUGUUUGCUGUCAACUCUAAAUGGUCCAGUUGUUCAGCAGGUGUCUGAGGACGGAGCCAGACGACAGGCGGAUGUUCAGCCUGAGCCCUGUGAAAUCCUGUGAGAAGCAUGGAUGAAAUUAUUCUGGCUCAUCUGUGAUUAUUGGGGAUUACUUCCUCAUCGUUUUUUCUCCUUUGUCUGGAAAUGUGACGCAAUCCCCCUGUCACUGUAAUGACACAGUUGAGGCAGACUGUGCUCGUGCUGCUUGCAUAUAUUUUCUGUUUCUUCACCUGACCAGCCAAACUCUAACCUCAGUUUAAAACAGCUGGAUCGGGUAUUAUUGAUUUGUCAGAUGUGCUUUUUUGAUUUAUUAGUCUACAGAAGGCCUAUUCUAGGGGUGGGAAUCACUAGUGGCCCCACGAUACAAUAUUAUCACAGUACUUGGGCCACGAUAUGAUAUUAUCAUGAUACUUCGGCCACAAUACGAUAUAAUCAAGAUACUUGGGCCACGAUAUUAUCAUAAUACUUGGGCCACGAUAUGAUAUUAUGAGGAUAGGUGGGCCACAAUAUGAUAUUAUCACGAUACUUAGGCCACGAUAUGAUAUAAUCAAGAUACUUGAGCCACGAUAUUAUCACGAUACUUGGGCACACAAUACAAUAUUAUCAGGAUACGUGGGCCACGAUACGAUAUUAUUGUGAUACGAUAUUAUCACGAUACUUGGGUCAAGAUAUGACAUUAUCACAAUACUUGGGCCACGAUACGAUAUUAUCACGAUACUUGGGCCAUGAUAUAACACUAUUGCGGUUUUUAACAUUUUGCAAGACAGUGAGUAUUGCUAUACAAUAUAUUGCAAUUUAUUAAUUUUUUCAACUGGUUAGCUAAUUUAGCAUUUGACUUUCCUUUAUGUUUGUCUUAUUUUCGCUGUAUUUUAUUUCAUGUAGCACAUCUUGCAAACCUUAUUUAUAUUUGUUGUACUAACUUUCUCCUGCUCUAUGAUUAAAUAAUUUGAAUUCUGGAUAAAUGGGAUGAUACGAUAUGUCACCAGACAAAAUAUCACAAUACUAUGCUGUAUUGAUUUUUUCUCCCACCCCUAGCCUAUUUGAUGCCUUUGCCCAGUUACAGCGAGUAAAUACAGCAAAACACGUUGCACCCGGUGUGAUGAUUGGUCAUGCUGCCUCUGGUUGGAUUAAAGGAAGAGAAAAAUGCAGAUCUGGCAACCGAUGCUCUGUUGAACAAGCUUCAAGACAGUUUCUCCACGAUCUAAGAGAAUGACUGGCAUCUAAAUCUCUCGUGAUUCACUAGAGUGCGUUUUUUUUUUUCACUCCCAGCGUUCGCAUGUUGCCAGUCGGGAAGAGCAAUGAUAGACAUCAAUCCUCUGGUCCUGUCAUCACUAAGAAACGUUCUUCUCGGGAAGAGUGCAAACAACAGGGCCGGCUCUAACAGCUGUCUGACUCUGAGGGGACGUUAGGCUCCAUGCACAUCAGAUAAGCACACGCACAGGGGAGGCUGCAGCACACAUGAACUCUACAAACACACACACACAAGUUUUAAGGCUAAGGACUGUCAUGAUUGAUGUGAGUGUGUGGAAUGUGAUGGUGGAUUCACAUGUUCGGAGCUACCUAGUGGCACUUGCUGUUUAUGCGUCCUGGAUUCUUUGAAUUUCAGGAGUUUGACUUACAGGGAUUUAUAGACCCAAGGCCGCUGGCUCAGGGAGAUGGAUGAGCCACGCACACCCUGUGGCUCUGUGAUUUUAUCCCACCGUUCACCUGUGCACAUCUGUACGAUCACUUGCUAGACAAAGAACAAAGUUCAGUUAAUCAAUCAAAGUUAUUCUCAGGUCUCGGACUUUGAGGAAAGAGGUCUCCUUUUUUUUCAUUCAAGCUGUUGCUGCCACUCAUUUUAAACACUCUGAUUCAGUGAAAACAAGGUUCAAAAUGUUUUUUUUUUUUCCCCUCUUGGCCAAAAACCUGCCAAGAGCCAAGCUGUGGAUUCCUCUGACAUUGGUUAGUGUGAACGGAGGAGAAAUCAAGGCUCCUCUUUAGUCAGGAGUUAACAUGCCGAUGAUAAGGCUUUGAUAGAAGGAGGUCAGCGUUGGAAACUGCAGAUGUUGACAUGUCAUGACAACAGCCAGGUGUCUGUUCCUCUAAUGUGUUUCUUUCUUUCCCUGUGACUCUGUCUGUCCACACGUGCAGCGGUGUGCAGCUAUGGUGUGUGCUUCAACGGAGGCCAGUGUCGGGUGGGGUCCACGCAGCUCUGCGACUGUCCUAAAGGGUUCAACGGGCCCAGCUGCCAGUAUGGUAAGUGGAAACAUCCUGACUGUAUAAUAGAGGUUGAAGAACAGACACAGUAAAAGAAGAAAUCAUUAAAAAAAGUCUCCACAGGAUUGAUUGAAACUGAUAGCAGCUUGCAGCUUGAUUAAAAAUACCUCUUUGGCUCUUUUGCUCAAGUCUACAGUUCCAUCUCAUUCAGCUUCCCUGCUGAGUUCAGUUUCAGCAAGUUACUGCGAAUCUCCCCACAUCAGCAUUUGGCCUCUUCACCAGCAGACCAAGUAUUUUAUCAGCAACCCCAUUGUUAAAUUCUGCACCGCUGAAGUAAAACAGCAGAGGAUUCUGUUGUUUUUUCCGAUAACACCACACGACAGGAAAUUCCUCUUGGUGUCAGUUUUUUUUACAGAAUAAUCUAUCUCCUGCUGAAAUUAGGCCGAUCUCGACACUGCAGACUGUUUUACAUAAGAAAAGUUCAAACUGAGGCGAGCAGUCGUGGUCCCUUUUUUUUUCAUGAUUGUCUGGCUCCUCACUCUAGUCUGCAUCUAGGGCGUUCAGUGUCACCAGGGAUAUCUCAUCAUCCCUGCUUGAUUUCCUUUGCAGUUUUCUGCAAGGCAAAGCAAGGCACAUUUCUGAAUAAAGCUCAUUUCAUCAUCAGGGCAACUAAAGGACCUAUGAUCAAGCUUUUUGUGCAAGUGCAUUGUGCUUUAAUGCUCUUUGUGCUUCAAGUCUUUGUCUUAGACAUGUGUGUGGUACUCCUUAGUUCAUUUGACUGACCCUCACUGAUUUAAAAUCCAACUGAUGUUUUUUUUUUAAAUACUUAAAGUGUUCUCAGUGGUCUUCAAAUUGUGAUUAUGAAGAAAAAUUUUGUUAGAUGUGUCAUUUUCAAGGGCUUUUCUUCUGCAGACCUCCAGUAGGUCAUUAGCGAUUCACCUCUGAGUCGUGGAUGGAGACAGCGCUGCUCUGCAUGCUCCUCUUCAUGCUCCUCUUCAUGCUCCUCUUCAUGCUCCUCUUCACACUAGCUUGCAGCCUAACAUUGCCGGUGUAGUAGAAGUGGCAGGUAACAUAGGAGCUAUUCAAAUCUCAGUGACUAAUGUCUUUGGGGACAUGAUGAAAGUUAAUAUCAUAAUUAGCUUUCUUACGAGCAUUGCAAUCCGCUACCGCACAUGUUUGUUCUGCAAUCGUCCUCUCUGUUUCUCUGAGUUUGACCUGCGUAGCGGGGCUCCAGGGGCGUUUGGGUCUACCAGAGGUUCACAGCAUCAGUAAAAUGCCAUAUGAACAUGUAGACAACAAGAACCCCCUGUGUUAGAACACUGUGCUAAUAGAUGUUUAUUGGAGGACUAUUGAUGCUGAAACAUUUACAGUUAAUUUAUUUUUUACAGUCAGUGUGAUUCACUUCAGAAUUGAGCAUAGAAGUUUAACAUGAUGCCGAACUUUUACUUUUUAAUCCAAAAACGUAUAAAGAAGAGUUAAACAACUGUGUAAAAAUGUAAUGUCGGUUUAAGUAAAGUUUACAAAUGAAGGCAGAAAAGGCAAAUAAAAGGAAAAAAUAUUUGUGUGGGUGUCCGCACAUUCUUUAUGCCAUCACUGCCUAAGUCAGGGCCUCGGUUAAGCCACCACAGUCACGUUCCUGUCAGAACCUGGCAUCUUGGUUCCUCCCUCGAGACACAUGCAGAGCUUCAGAGUUAAGUUAGCAAAUUUUUAUUUGACAUCUGCCAUGACUUUAAAAUGAAGCUCGUCAAGAAACAUGUAAAAAACAAAACAAAAAAAAACCCAGCUGUAUUGUUCGUGACCAUAACUCAGCUAAUCACUACCAGAAUCAUCCUGGAAUCUGCUGAGUCGCUCUGAAGUUGUGCCCUCACCUUUUAUUUGACACGGUUGUUGUGUCACAUCGCAAGCUGCACAAUUGUUGUUUUGAAGUCAGGUCUGAACAUCCACAGCUUGAAAUUUAAUAAACUUGCAUUUCAAACCACUUACAAAAGUCGCUCGUAUUGGUUCGCAAACAACCGUUUUCCAUGCGAUACUUAGCUGUUCCAGACCUUCUGAAAUCAUCCUGGAUGAAUUCUGGAUCAGAAUCUGAUUUUAUAGGCUGAACAAGAACAAGUCAGUUUGAUCACGGUUCAAAAUUGCGGGGCUGUUCUGCAGUUGACUGGCAUAUUUCUGUGACACAUAAGGUAUAUCAUGGCGAACUGGGGUGAAGCAAGGGCUAGGGUCACAGCGGGGGAUAAUCCCUCUCAUCCUUUCCUCCUCACUGUGAAAAACAAAUGUAAGAAGUCUGAGGUUUUCCUGACUGGAGUAAAUACGCCCCAUUAUUGCAGUUGGAACGGAUUCUUCUGUUAUAAUGAUAACGAGUUUGUUGAACUCCUUUGACCCUCGGCAGUAGAUGAAAGAUUUGUGAGUAAAGUAGACAGAUGUAUUUGAUUUAUGUCCGUUUAGUGACACAAGACAGACAGAGCACAAGAAGAGAUGUCAAAGCUGGUCGAACAAAUGAUCAGUCUGUGAGGAAUCUGUCAAAAUAUUCUUCUGCGUGUGGGAUGAAGAAAAAGAGGAAAUAUCUCUGCGGUCUACUUUUGGAUUUUGAGGUCCCUUUUCUGACUCUAAAACUAUUAUGAAGAUAUAAGAGAACUUACUUGCCAAACAUGUUUAAUGAAAGAAAACAUGCUUUUCUCUCUUCCAUAAUACAAACACCAAAUGUGAUCCUCCUGUUUUAUUCACUUUUGGCAUCUGAAAACACAGAGCUUUUCCAACUGUUGCCAUAAUUUAAUGUUUUUUAUUUAUGUAUUCAUAUUAAAAUGUCAAAUCCUAAUACUGAAUGAUUAAACUAAGAUUCUCUGUUGUGUGUUAAAGUAAAGGUCUCAAACACAGCAGGUGUCUCGAGGCAAAGCUAAUAUCUACAUAGGUUCCUAUCCUCUUCAACUCUUGGGUUACACAGUUUUAUAUCAGAUAAAACAUCAACUUCUCCCUCUCUUUCUCUCUCUCUUUUUGCACAUUAUGCUUUGUUCUGCUGUUUGAAUGAUAGCUGUCAUCACGGGCACCAAGAGGUCCUUUGCUGGUUAAGAGUUAUGCAGCACGCCCCCCACACCCCGAUCCUCCCACUAUUGGAGGCUAUCAGCCCGUAAACUCUUUGGCGGUUUUAUUACCCUGUGAUUGGCACAGAAUGGGCCGAGGGGUGUCGGGAUGUCGAUGACUCCGCAUGAGUGGGGGGUUCAAGAUUUAGGAUGAUGGGAGUUGGACGGGAAUGCUCUCACAGCUGUCCCUCUUUUUCGCGGUCCUGCCAAAUACAGGUCAGUUCAGAGGGGAGAGAAGAGAGACUUAGCGGCUCAACUGAGAGACAGCAAUAACACCACUCCUGAUGAAUGAUUCUGUUAGCUGAAUGACAGCUUUGAUAUAUAGAUGUAUCCAUUAUAGAAACCACUUUAGGGUGGUCAGGCACCAUAACCACUUAGUUACUCUGUCACAUCCUUCAGCUCUGAAUGAACACGUGUUAAAUCUCAUAUAAGGAGUUUUUGAUUGGUUGUUAAAUAACCAGUAAUGAUGUUCAAAAGAAGAUUGAAUCCAGCAAUGAUGUGAUUAAAUAUUUCUAUGUUGUAAUUUUUAAUGCCAGUAGCUGCUUUAAGGGGGGUAGGUACACUGAAGAAACAGCCUCAGAUACUUUUUCCAAAGCAGUUAUUCACUGUGAGUGUUAAGUGUUGCAGGAUAUUUUUUUUAGCAGUUUACACCACUUUUACAAGGAUGAGACACAAUUAGCAUCAAUUGACGGUGUUAUAACUUUGUCCACAGGGGGUGCCAAAAUCAACGCACAUAGAAAGUUCCUCACAGGAGCUUUAAGAACCUGCUGUAACAUCAUAAGAUGUUGUAGAGAUGAUGUCUUUAAUCAGAAAAUGUAUUAAUCUGGUAUCUAAGUAAGCGGUAAUCAUUUGUUAUCAUGAGUAAAAAGGGUAGAGUGAUUUUGGUCGUCUUUUCAGUUAGAGUCCCCAAAAAGAGGACACAGCUAAUCAGGGGCAGAGUCACGGAGUUGCACGUAAUUCAUUUUGAGAGUUUUUUGGGUCGGGUCGAGUGUUUUUUGCGUGCUUCUAUCUCAGUAAGUCCACGCGACAGAAACUCAAAACUUCCUUACAAAACUCCAGACAUUUGAAGUAUUUUAUAAAUUCCCCCGGACAAGGCCGGACAGCCUCCCGAAAAGAGGACAUGUCCGGGUGAAAGAGUUGGUAUGCUCACCCUAAGUUAGAGAGGAUAUUUGUUUAGUCAUUAGCUUCCACCAGACCACAGCUAAUAUUAGCAAUCAGCAUCUGCCAUUAUUACCUUGUGUUUGUUGUUUAUUACAAUAGGAAAGUGUACAGCUUAGACAGUGUUGAAAUACUUAUAUCAGCUUUUGUCGAUGGGUACUUGUGCUACUGAAAAUAAGGUAUUCUCAUGCCUUUAAUUGCUUUCAGAGUUAUAUUGUGUGGUAAGGGCCUUAAUUUGUGUCCAUCUAAGUGGGACUCAAAUGCAUCUUUUUCUCUUUUUGUUCUACAAAGUUGAGUCUUUUAAUGCCACUAUCAUUACAUCAUUUUACCCUCUGAACAGCAGUGGUAGCAUUUCAAUCUUUUUCCUUUGUAACUAUGAUCUUAGCUGGGAAGUAACUGAGUGCUAACACCAGCUGUUUUAUGAAGACAGCUAGUUGAAUAUCAAAUAUGUUGUUUUUUUUUCUAAAGUUUGACACUGUUAAAAGCAGUGGUGGUAUUGAGCAGCUUUGUUUUACUUGGCAGUGUGUUAACGCAAACUUCAGCUUCCUGUUUUCCAAGUUAUCUGUUAAGUAUUAAAGCGUCAAAAUGAAAAAGGUAUUUUUCAAAUUUCCUCCUUUACGGUAAUAACCUGGAACACAGCGGUACAACUUAAUAACACCAUUUGAGCUUUCCACCCUCAGCAAGACGUCAGAAGAAAUACGGCUGCUGUGCGCGUACGCUCUGUUUAGUCACAGCUGCUGCGGUCUUGGUGCUUCAUACAGCUGUCAAUCACGGCUCGCUCUCUCUGGUCGUGUUUACAUGAAAGCUGAAGCCACAUCAGGAUGUGGCUGAGGGACAUGCGUGGAGAUUCACUCAUUGUUUAAUCACUUUUGAGGGUUCUUGGAAGUGCAGUCAUUCCUCUGACAUUGCAUGUGGUGAUAUCCCCUUAAGUGCGUUUGAUGUGGUUUCUCAGUGUUUGUGUGGAGCAAAUGGUGUGUGUUUAUGUUGCUCAUAGGUGCUAAUUAGUGCCUCGCUCUCAAUAGUUGUCUGAGGCUGUCAUCUGUUUUGAUUUUUAUUCGCGUUCUGUCUCGUUGUAAAUAAGACAGUAAUUAUAGAUCUUUCUGUAUUAUUGAGUCUGUAGUUGAGUCAGGAUUGGUGCUUGGAGACUUUUCUGGUCUCCCAGAGACAAUAAAUUAGACUUAUUGGAUUGGGUAAUGGUUAAUCAUUUAAAGUUGGAAUGAUUUUAGCGAUUUAGACUUCUAAGAUUGUACUUUCAGCAAGAAGACGUUCAUAUAUUGUUACUUGAAGUCAAGAAUUUGGUCCACACAGUGCCCAGCAUAAGUUAGUACACCCCCUAUUAUAAGUAAUGUGUUACUCAAUAUCUAGAUGAGCAAAGUUUUGAAAAGCUGAGUUUAACAUCACAUUUUAUUUACCAUAAGAUGAAAAUAAGGGUGAUAUGGUAACUAAAAUUAAGCAUUACUACCAAAACUUUGAUUGGGGUGUACUCAUUUUUUCAAUCUGAUUUUAAAUCUUUUUUGUGUGCAACUUAAAAAAUCGUGUUUGGAAUCAUUGGCCUACAUUUGGGGAAGUAUUUUGUUGUUUAGUCUGACAAAGAAAAUGUUGAUUUUGAAAGGAAACUAAAGGUCUUCUGCCCUGAACUCUGAAGGGGUGUCCUCAUAUAACUUCCUGCCACUUUCUUUUCCCCAGUAAAUCAGCCUUAUGUGAAUAAUACUGACAGAUAUUUGUAUUUAUUUGUUUCAAACAUCAUCCACACAUUCCUCAAGCUGCAGAAAAGUUCAUAAUUUAAUGGUUCUAUUUAAAAAAAUCAACAUAUAUCUAAAUGAUCUACACCUGACCUGUACAGUGAGACUGUUAUGUACGGCUAAAUAGAAGUUACAGAUGUAAUAUUCUGCCAAAUGAAGGAAAAAACAGCAUGUUUAGCUCUCAUUUCUAAGAUUUCUUUCUUCAGUGGAUCAAUAUAAUGGACUUUUCCAUAGCCGAGCGCCUGCACACAUGUAGUUUUAACUCCCUCUCUGCUCUGAAGCCCUUUAAAACUCCCUGUCUCGUCUUUAUCCAGAAGGAUUUAGUCACUUGUUGCCUGAUGCACUCGGUAUUCAGCCUGUCGUCGGCAGACAAGUGUGGGAUCAACAGCUUCUAAAGCUUUUAGACCUCUGGCAGAGCAGAUGUCUUCAUUGCAGCUGACAUCUGGGCUCAGCUGCAGACAAACAGACAGACAAACAAAAAAGGCAGGCGGGCACUUUUGGUAACAUGAAACUGAAGAUGCUUGAUUCAGGACUCUUCAAAUAUACAUUAAAGCUUCUUUUUCUGCAGGUGAAACAAAAGUGAUCCAGGAUACAUAAAACUGAUGGAUUGUGUAAUAGGAACCAUUUGAAGCAGAUAUAAGCAGUCGGUGAUAAGAAAUUAAAACGCUUGAUAAUAGAAAAAAGGAGAAACUUGAUCUGCAAAACUCAGUUUAUUUGCUCUUUUCCCACAGGUUCAAAUCAUGAUAUUUUGGAUUUUAUUUGUUGACCUAAAGCUUUGAAAUUGUUCCUGUCUCCUCUGUGCACAAGGCCUCUGAACCAUAAGCUCAUAUCUUGGCUGGGUUUGGGGUCAUUGCAGUGCCAGGAGGACCAGCUUGUUUCAAAAAUCAUUCAAGACAGACCCCCUUUUUACAGAUGGCAGUCACCAUUAUCAUUAUACUGUAAUGUAAACUUCAAAGCAAGCACCCAGGCAGCCUUUCUCGACCACAGCCCCCUCCACUUUGAAGCUUCAGAAGUUUCAGUCAUAGCGGAUCAACCCAUCUGUUGGGUUUUCUUACAUUUAUCCGCCAAGAUUAUCAGUCGGAUGAACUCUGAUUUAGACAAAGCAAAUAUGCAGCAAAGGUACAAUAACACGUUCACUCAGAGAUGUAAGUUUAAACCGGUAACAGAGUCACUUUCUUUGAACCAGUUAAUGUUUAAGGUGUCGUCACAGUUUGAGUGAAGCUCAUGAAAACUGAAGAUAUAUUGUAUAUAUAAUGAGAGGGUUUAGAUCUGUAGGGAUUAUGGUGCAGGAUUCCUCCACAGCUGAGUGGCAAAGGUGCUGAAAAAUGACACAAGGGGUCAAAACGCCGAGAUCCCACUUCAGACAACAUCAUACUCUUUCCAAACAUGUAAAUAUUGUUAGCAAUGACAUAAUAAGUGUUGAAGGAUAAGAGUACUUCUGUAAGUUUUGUCACCUGUUUAUACAACUUCAUAUUUAAUUUUAGUAGAAAAUAUCUCUACCUAUUACUUGUAUUCAAUUGGUCAUUUGCUGCAUGUAUUUUGAAAGAUUCACACAAAAAUGAUGAGGAAAAAUCAGAAAGUGAAAUGCAAUUUUCUCUUUAACUCUGUGGAUUCUGACGUUCUCUCUUCUGGAGUGACCCUCUAAAUUUGUUCAUGUUGCAUCCAGGUGUAUCUGCAGUUUCAGCAGCUCUGUAACCACUUCUUCCAUCCCUUGCAUCCGAGUUUCAACUGUGUCAAUCCUCUUCUCCGCCUCCUCUAAUCAAGUGUUAGUUUUGUUUAUUUCUUCACGGAUCUCUCUCAGCUGCUGACUCUUGUCCUUCCUAAUCUCCCUUAGUUCUUUCAGUUUUAGACCCAGACCUGCUUUUAAAACAGCCCUACAGAAAUUCACAAACUAGUUGAAAGAUUGAUUCUUGAUCAACUCAGAUAUCAAACUUUGGCCUAAACUCUUAAUAUUAAAGAAAACAUCCAGUGAGUUUUGUUUUUCCAUUCAAAUGUAGUUUGAUGGUUGUACUCUGUAGUGUCUGAUAAAAGUGUCCACAUUGAAACCUGUAAAACUUUAUUCUGAUUUUCAGAGUUGCUCCCUCUUUCUUUGUUUUUUUCUGUUUCUGUCAAGGAGAUGCAUUGUCCGGCCUCAUGCUCCUCAGCAUGGUUGCAAGGUCAGGACAACAACCCUGAAGCUAUUGUGAGAGCUCAUUGUCUUGUUAAAGGACACUUGUUGAGUUGUGAAGGUCCUUUGAUGUAUAAAAAGACUUGAACCGGGGUCGUCUGUUUAGGAACUGAAAGAGGGAGACAGAGAAAGAUGCCACCAAACUUACAAAUUGUUUUCAGCUCUUUACUGCAAAAGCAUUAUCUAAAGACCUUCACACCUUUGGUCUUAAAUGUCUAUUACUUAAUUUGUUUUUAACAUCAUAUAUGCUUUAGUUUAUCUUAGUGUAUUGAUAAAUUUGAGUGAUGUAGCUUCAGAGAUCGGCGUUUCACCCUUUUCUGUACCUCUGUUGCUGCUCUGCGAUUAUUUUAUACUCACUCGUGGUCUACCCCUCAGCUCGUGGCCUGUUGUAACCUGCCUUUCAUCGCCCCUCCUCUCACCUCACUCACACGUAGACUUAGCAAAUUACCUCAAAGUUCUCAGACUGCUCCACGUUUGUUGACUUUUUAUAAUGUGUAUAUCUUUCUGCUCACAAAUGGCCCUUUUUUCUGCUUUUGCAUGCAAGGUUUAUUUCGUCUUUGCAUGGUAAUUACAUAAGCACAUUAAGGCCAAAUGUGACCAAAACAUCUGGGUGGUUUAUGUCUCCCAGAUGUCAAAUCUUAGUUAACACUUUGCUGGCUUGUUAGCCACAAGUGUUGCUGAACUAUGCAGAAAUGCAUCAGUGUGGUGCUUAUCUUUUUGUUAAUCCUCGUAAAGUCGAGGAUCACCUGUAAACAAUAGUACAAUUAGUCUAGCUUUUAGUCUAGUUAUCCUGAUUUACGAGACAGUGAUGGCUUUUGUGGUCUCCCUCUGCGCCGAGGAUUGCAGGGGGAGCAGAGAGGGUAAAGGUCAAGCCUGCGUUUUGACCCCGUGCGUGCCCUUUUAGCACGGCCUCGAACUUUCAUGGCUGCACUUGCUGUUAAUGAACAACAGGAGGGCGAGCUGGCAUCUAACCCUGUUUGGAAAUUGUUGUCUGUUCGCUAUCAUCGCUGCUGCUCAUGGAGCGCUCAGAGUGACAGUGACAGGAGGCAGCAGGAGCCACACAUAUGGUAUCAGUCAUUGCAAAACUGUUGCAAAACUGUACGCUUAAACCAUCACAAUCAAACAUAUGCAAGUUUGCUGCCGGUUAAUUAGUGAGGAAGCACUCUGUGAUUUUUCCUGGGCUAAAAAUAUCGUGUAUCUCCUCCCUUCAUGUUCAGGACCACUCAGGAAUGUAAUGAGAGAGAGGUGCUUUCAGUGUGUCGGCCUUGAGAGCCUCCCCUUUGUAAAAAUAAAUCCCUGAACUCUCAGUCCCAUUGAACAGUUUUUACUCAGGAUUAAGAAAAACAUUUGGGAAACCUCCAUGCUGAGCGAGGGUGCUUUCAUCAAGAAGUGCCCCAGAAAUGAAACACAUGUGCAGCAUAUCUUUCAUUUUUAACACGUGCAUGUUGUGGACCUCGUUAAGAGAGAUAGGAAGGUUUUAUUCCUCCAGCUUUGAUAAUUUCCUCAAACUAGCUUAUAUUAAAAAAAUAUAGGUUUAAGUACACCGAGAGGUUCAUGAAGAGAACGGGUUGAAAGAGAUCCAUUUUCAUCUCUUCUAAUCUGAAAGUGUAUGUGAAACCUGUAACCCAGCCCUUCCACCAAAGGAAUUUAACAAGCUGUAAUCUCAGGUUUCCCUGAGCCUCAAACUUUAAGCAUCUGGUGAGGCUUUGGUACCAGCUUUCCCUGGUGUUAACAUCUUAUUAGACAAAAACCAUCAAGGACACAAGCAGGACUGGGUGAUGAGGAAACUUUGGAAUCAAACUAACAACAACAACAACGAAAAUUCCAUUUAGUUUUGAUCCCUUCCUCUUGAAGCUGUUUUUUUUUCUGAUCACUUAUUUUACUUGAGCCUUGUUCCAAUUAAUCAUUUUUUUUAAAUUGUACAAUUUAAACAGGAUUUUAACCUAAUUAUUAAUCUGGCUGAUCAGUGGAAAUAUUUGGUACUGAGCUCAAGAGGUAGGGCUGGGCGAUAUGGCCUCAAAUCAAUAUCACGAUAUAUUGAGCAUCUCACCUCGAUAACGAUAAAUGGAUGAUAACUACUCCACAAGCUGCUCACCCCCUCCCAUAUUAACUUCGUCUACUUCAGCCGCUACAACUUUUGAACCGUCCUCCAUCUCCUCAUCUGUCUUUCCCUCUUUGUUACGGACUGGAUGGGGUGGAGUCACGUCUCUGACGUAGGACAGCGUCUUAAAGGGACAUGAGACCAUAGCCUACCUACACACAUCCAAAACCAACUUUGAUUUAUUUAUUUUUUGACACAGAAUAUACUGACAUGGGCAAAAUGACAUCGGAUAUUGUCGGAAUUUUGGGUAUCGGUAAAUUUCGACAGUUAAAAAACAGACAGAAUAUGCCUGCAGACAUUGCAGGCAGUCUGGGUGCUUCUUCUGUAUAGAAAAGUUAAGAUCUUCUUUGGUGAUGAAAUGUUUUUUUUCCCAUCCCAAAGGAAGGCCGAUCAAAUCUAUCAGUUACUGACAAGUGUUUAAUAUAUAUCCUGUUAUGAUAUAUAGAAUAAUGAAGCUUGAUAUUACCUCAGACAAUGUAAUGUAAUGUUCUGAAAUCUACAGCAUCGCCUAACAUGUUUUUCUAUUUCUGUACAUUAAGUUAUAAAAAAUGUUUUAGCUAAGACAAGCAUGCAUAUCAGAUUGUAAUUUGCAUGGAAUAAUUGCUGUUUUUACUGUUAAAUUAUCCAAAAUAUUAAACUUCUAAGAGUGAAUACCAAAGUAGGGAAGAGUAAAGUCGAGCCAGUACCUGUAUGGCAAUAGUUGUUUGUCUAGAGCCGUCCUUAAAUUGAAUUCCAAGAACGCUUCCUCUAAGCCUGUGGAGAAACUGGAAACCAAAGCCAACCUUGUAAAGAAUGGUCAUGCUUUGACAUCAUGUUUUUAAGUUCCUGCAGUGGAAAAAGACUAUGAAUGUGGUACUCUUACUGACUGACAGGUAAAGUACCCUGAUUAUUCAUACACACCGGUCACACAAUCAGAUUACAGUCUUGCUGUGUGCAGGUCAAGUUUACCUCCACCUCUGGCAGCUUCAUCAUAAAAAAGACUCCAAGAGUGUCCCACCGUCAGUUUUCCUGUUUUUUCAAUCGACUGUACAUAAGAACCACGAACCUCGGGCUGAGUUCAGACUAUAACACGUUCCCAUAAUUCACAUCAUUAUCACUUAUAUUGGUCUGGUUCCCAGAGCUUAAUAAGAGCAGGAAAGACCAUAAAGCCUUUUGGCUGUAAAGCUUUGAUUUGGCCAGCUGCAGCAGUUUGUCACUCAUGAUUGGUGUGUCCAUCCGCCACUGUGGGGUCAAAAGGUGCCAGGCAUCAGGGCAGUAGGUUAUAUAACUAUUGUAUAAUGGUAACCACAUUGGUGUAAUCUGCUCAGAAUCCAGCCGCUGUGCUUUAAAAGCAGUUUUAUAAGUGGAAGAGAAAAAGUUGUAAAAGUAAAACGGCUGAUAAUGGGAUAGUAAACGUCCACAAUGAUCACAAGCAGUCUAAAUCAUUGUCAGUGUUUCCCCCUUUGCUCUCUGAUGGUUUUCACAGCCACAGCUGAGAUGCCUGUGAACAGGUUGAAGUCUGUUUUUUCACUUUCCUCACAGAGAAUUACGAUGUGUUAGAUUUUAAUCUCAAAAACAAGAAAAAGAGUGCCAGGUAUUUGGGAACGAGAGCUGUUUAGGAGAGAACAAGGUCGGGUGCUGAGUGGUGACAUAAUUAGGCUGUUCAUAACUUUUGAUGUUAUGACUUUUUUCAAAUACACAAUCCCUUCAAUCGGUGACAAAUUGGCGCUUAAAUGGACCAUUCACCGGGUUACUGACAUGUUUUCUAUUUUUUAGCCAUUUGAAGGUUUAAUCCUGCCCUUUGAGAAUUGUUAGCGGCCAGCAAAGCGUGACUCCAGUGAAGGAGGUCAUGGAGAUGUAGGCGCUGCUGGGAGGGCCAGAUGCUCUAAGCAAAUGUUUUCUCACACAUUCUCCACAUCAUUGUCCUGAACUCCUGUGUGUCUUUGUUUCAUUACUGAUGGAUUAAGAGAGAGAGAGAAGCACGGGAUAAGAAAAGCAAAAUUAGAAAGACGGUUUUGUAAGAAAAACAGAUCUGUGUGUUUCAGGGUUCACCCCUCAUAUCCCCCUCACUUAAAAAGUCAUCAAUUGGGACAACAUCACUUUUUGUUUUCAGGUUUUUAAAAUGGACAAAUCAGAUUGUGGCAAAUAACCUUCACACCAAAUCACUUUGAAAUGUAUGCUGAAGAUUUCCUGACCACUUCUUAAACAUCUGAGCGUUUUUUUUAAGCUAAUAUCACGUUUUGUUGUCUUUGACACAGAUGCUAAGCCAGAAAUUUCCCAUACAUGACAGCAACUUACUGUGUAGGGCUGGGCGAUACACUGAAAAUUUACCAAUACCAAAAUUUAUGACAAUAACCGCUGUCAUUUUGCCCACGUCAAUACAUUCAGUGUCAAAAAAGACCCUGUCCUACGUCAGAGACGUGACUCCACUCCAUCCAGUCUGUAACAAAGAGGGAAAGACAGGUGAGGAGAUGGAGGACAGUUCAAAAGUUGUAGCGGCUGAAGUAGACAAAGUUAAUGUGGGAGGGGGUGAGCAUCUUGUGGAGUAGUUUUCGUCCAUUUAUUGUUAUCAAGGUGAACUGCUCAAUAUAUCAUGAUGUUGAUUUGAGGCCAUAUCGCCCAGUCCUAUGACUUUCAUAAGGAAAGAAAUGUAUAAAAGCGUCUGUGAGGAACUUGUUUUUGUGUCUAUUUUGACGACCCCCCAUGGACAGAGUAGUCCUCGUCUUAUUCACCUGCUGAUUUGUGUUCUGGAUUUGAAUUUUUCUUAGAAAAAUCCAUAUUUGAAAGAUAGAUAAUAAAACACAGAGUUGGACGUUACCUCUUUACAUGGGCUAAGAUUCAAGCUGUGAGGCUAAAUUGUAGAAGAGUUAUCCCAGUGUGGUUUAAAAAAAAUGCUUUUCAGGGUUCCUACGCAAGUAUGGAAAUAAAUCUGAUCAAUUUUCAGGCCUAAAAAAGUAUGGAAAUAAAAAAUAAAGUAUGGAAAAAAUAUUGAUGUUUCCAGACUAUUACCAUAGUUCUCAAAUACUGUUUUCUAAUAUAAAAAAGUAUUUUCAAAAAUAAUUCAAAAAAUGAGGGUAUGGAAAAGUAUGGAAUUGAAAAUUCCAACUGUGUAGGAACCCUUUGCUUUAUUCUUUGUUUCUAGGGACUUAAUUUGCCUUUUUAAUCUUUCCUGAUCAGAUUCUGGGUCUAAAAAAUCUACCUAUAUCUCAUAGUAUGUCAUUUUAGUUAGUGAAACAUGGUUAACACAACUAGGACAACUCUGUAGCAAGGCAACAGUGGAGGAGACUUCUAGAGAGAUGGCCAGCGGGGAGUUAAAGAGACAGUGCUUCUGGACAGAAACUGACAUGAGGGUUCAAAAAGACACAAGCCUGAGAGAUCUAAAGAGAUAGAUUAGCUGUUAAUCAUGUAAAGCUUACUAAAAGUGCUUAAGGGUGGCCUGAUUAAGAAGCCAACUGUUGAAAUGAUAAUUAUCAUCCAUAACUGUCAUCAUCCAUCCUGUUUUCCCUCUGAUCAUGACACACCAUGAGACAUCUUGCCUAAGCCAUGAGAAACGGAGCAGCCAUGUUUCCUCGGAGGCUGUAAAGGUGUUCCUAAUGAGAGGGAGUGCACUGCAGUCAGGGUGGGGUCUGUCCUAGCCCACCUACCUGCCACUUCAUCCUGUGCAGCACCCUAAUCUCCCAUAAUUGUGCCUGAGUCUGGGCUCCCACCCUGCCUCAUUAGGCUCUUUACAGCAUUUCUGAUGAAAGGUCUCCACUGGUCACGCUGGGGGCGAGGGCAUCAAGUUUGGCUAAAUUAGCAGUGACAAGAGUUUGCAAAACACAAUUAGUGGAAUAAUGAGCGUGGACUGAUCCCUUCAUCAGCCAUCAGAGCCCCUGAUUUUAUCUCUGCUACCUUUAUACCCCCCUAUCUCCCGCUAAUUUUAAACAAAUCUGCCUCUGCUGCUUUUGUUCCCUCUUAUCUCAUCUGCGUUUGUAUCCCACUGAGCCAAACAUUUCACUCCUAAUCUCUGUUUUCUCUCCACCAACAACAUUAUCCUCUCUGCCGUGUAUUAUCUCCAUAUGGAAGUCUUUUAGCCCUUGGGGUACGUCCAACCGAGAGUUGUCUCUCCUGCAGUUCACAGCCAGCGUCUCACUGAUGUUUCCCGAGGUGCAAAAAGCAAAUGCUCAUCUGAGAGAAAUGUAAUGAGACAGGGUCAGUCGCCUGUCAAGACAACUGUUUUAAUCUUAUUACAGUAGUUUUAUCGUGUCUGAUGCCAGCGCAGACUGAUUCUCUGGUAUUAUUGCUGUAAUCAGAAGACAGUAUAUUACAACUGCAGUAUAAUCAGAAAAACAUGUCUCAGACUAAAUGAUUAUUAUAGUUAGAUUAGACAGAAAAAUCUUUGUCUUCCACUUGAUUUGGAUCCAGAGUUUGGCUGUCGUAACAGAAAGCAGCUGGUCGACAGAACAGAGAAAAGUCUGGUCGAAACAAAAGGUUUGUUUUCAAGUUAGAUCAGUUUAUUGUAGAUGAUACAGUCCAUUUAACGGUCAGGAUCAGCUCCGCACGUUUCCACUGGUGGACAAAAAAUAAAUUAAUGAAUUAAGAUUCACUUUUUUAUGCUGCAUAGUGAUCUAUGGUCACAAAUAGGAUAAACAAUAAAGUUAUUUUCAUCAUUGAGCUCCUGUGAAGACUGUUUAGAUGACCACAAAACAAAGUAAAGAUAGGUGGCGUCAUUUGAUCCACGAAAGCAAACAUUUCUAUAUUGUAGUUUUUAAUGACUUUAAUGGACGCCACAUGUCAGGGUCAGAUAAAGUGAUUAACAGCACAAAACACUGUUUACAAGAAAGGACCCACUGUGAGUGAAAUGUUCAUUAGUAGAGAAAAGCAGAUUUUCACAUGAACAAGACAAAAUAGAUAGAUAGAUAGAUAGAUAGAUAGAUAGAUAGAUAGAUAGAUAGAUAGAUAGAUAGAUAGAUAGACAGAUAGAUAGGUAGGUAGGUAGGUAGAUAGGUACUUUAUUGAUCUCAGAGGGAAAUUCAAAACACAUCAUAGAUAAUACAAAUACUGUGGUAAUACUUCAACUAAAUAAUAAAUGGAUAAAUCAGCCUUUUUUUUAUUUGUAAUUUUUUUUUGUAUUUUUAAAUUUUUUUAAUUAAUUUUUAUUUCAUUUUUUAAAUUAUUUUUUUUCUUUAUUUUUUUUCUUUAUUUUUUUUUCCUUUUUUUUCCUUUCUCGGCAGAGCUGCUGCUAGGUGCUGCCGCUUGUGCUGCAGUUUUUUUAUAUUUAUUUAUUUAUUGUCCCUUUUUUUCUUUUAUGGCAGAGCUGCUGCUAGGUGCUGCUGCUCAUGACAUGGCAGGAAGAUUGAGUACGAUGAGGCACCUCUUCAUCUAUAGGAAAGUCCCUUGCUCUAGCUUUCAGUUUCACUACAAAGGAGUCAGUGGUGAUUCACUCUGUUUCAUAGUCAUUUAGAAACUACUCACAGGAGCUUUAAUCCGUAGGACAGGAUAAAAUGAAAGGUCAGAAAUCACUCAGGUCUUAGGGUGUGUCUAGUUUGUUUACAUUAUUUACCAUUAUUCCAGAUUUAUUCAAUUUUUGGCGAGGCUGUUGUGAAAUCUCGAAAUUAUCAGAUUUGAGAUGUUGCUCUGACUCUUUGGGAAUUUGGCUCAAUGCUUGCUCAACUACCGUGAUAGUUCACAGUGAUAAAACACACAACAAACUUAUUCCAAGUUCAGAAAAACACACUUCAUUGUCGUACAAACGCAGGUUUUAGCCGUGAAAACAGAGCUCUGUGAGUGAAUCAGAUGUAGCCUGAGGGGUUGUGUAUUUUACAGCUGUUCCUUUCAAGUUUGAACAUCUGUGAAACCAUGUAGUGCACAUGAAGCAAUAAUAAGAACCUGGAUGUUUAUAUCCGCUGUACACCUCGAGCAUGACAAUCUGUCAUGUAUCUGCCACCUUUUGGCCCGUAGGUAAACACCUCAGAGCAACUUUCCGUCCACUAAGACCUUGAACAUACCACAGCAGAACACCUCACGCAUGCCUCAGAGAGGGAAACAGACUGGAAAACCACAACAAGCAAUUUCUGGAUUUAUGCUGGCCUCCAUGUGUUGUCUCAGGCACUCCAAACUCCUGGGUCAACGCUGAAAGAGACGCGUCCCGACAGGUAGAGCACAGAUAGAGCACACGCAAAGGGUCAGAGGUCGAUCCCCUGAGGUCCACCAGGUAUUUGUCCCCCCCUGUUCAUCUGUGUAGAUCAUAAAAUGUUAUUCUGGAGACAUGCAUAGGUUUAAGCAGCUGGCCUACUUUCUUAACAUUUACUGACUGUAAAAAUGAGUGACAGGAGUCUGAGACCUUUGACUGAUCCUCUGGUUUUGAAGUGGCAAACUUCUCCUGAAGACAUACUGCUCUGUCAGGCGCCUUAAAUCAAGCCAUUACCGUCAAAACAGCGAUCUGGAAAUAACCUCGGAGUCCUCUCCUCAAGAAUGCGAAACCUAUAUUUUGAGGUCUACGAUCCCAAGUGGUGAGUAGCUGAAGUGAAAGUCAAGUGCAGUCAAGAAGAAAGUGAAAGAUUACGAGAGCGGGAGCAGCUUGUUCUUUGGAAUUAGGAUAUCCCAGAACACACAAACACACUAAUGAGUACCUGCAAACACAUAUAUGCGCGUGCUUUCCCUCGGUGCAGCGAGGUGGAUCAUCAAAACAAGGAUUAGAGGAGUUACAGACUCGGUGAAGCAGAAUGUUCACUAAACAAACUUAAACACUGUAUUUUAGUGUCUUUGAUGUCCCACAAAGCCCCUCGUGGUCCAACAUGGAGAAUAAUAAAUCUCAGGGCUCACUGACUCGAGUCGCUUGAUUGAUAUUUUUGUACCCAAGAGUCAGACCUCCUCUCAGCUUAACAGUCUGCUGCUUGUCUGCACCGUCUUGUCAACACACGCCAUGGGAACAAAAAUAAAACACAAAAGUGAUUUAAAUAGGCAGAUAAGCUGAGACUUUGGAUUCUGCUAAUCUGCGUUUUCUCAUAAGAACCGUCGAAUUGAAGGAGAGCUCUCAUCGUGAUCCGUUUAAUGGUCCCACACACCUGCCUGCGAGGGAAAAACAUGUCAGGACACAUGCUGCAGUAGAUCAUGGAAGUCGUAAUGGUUUUUCAGAUCUCCAGACUCCUUUAGCUGCAAUUAAAGGGAUAGUUCGGGAUUUUUAAGAGUGCAGUAUGAAGUCCCAAACAAUAGGAAGUGUAGUCAAAGUAGUAGAUAGCAGCCAGUGGUCCCUUUUUCGAGAAGUCCCUGAGGACCCACAGGAACCUUCAUUAAGCAGCAGGUUGAUGCAAAGAGUCCAACAAAAGAAGACAUUUCAAAUCCAAGCUUCACUUUUAGACAUUUACCUAAAAAAAGAAACUUUUGUUGUUGAGACAAAGGCUACGUUCAUACUGCAGGUUAUGAUGCACAAUUCAGAUUUUUUGUUAAAUCCGAUCUUAUUGUGCGGUUGUUCACAUCACAACAACGAAUGCAGUCUCUAAUGUAAACAGAAUGUGUCUGUGAAGUGACCCGCAUGUGCAUAAAGUAAAAAUCGCUUUCCGCGCCUGUUUAUGUUGUCGAACAAUGGUGACGUUUGUCGCAUAUUGAUGACGUAUAGGUCGGAUGAAUGCGACCUGAGCAUCCACACUGCAAUCACAUUGAAUACAUAUCUGAUUUAUAUCCACAUACAAAAGAGGCCUGGGUCAGAUUUGAAAAAAUCAGAAUUGCACGUUUUACACUUACAUGAAAAAAUCAGAUAUGUGUACAUAUGGUUAAAAAAAUCUGAAUUGACCUGCAGUGUGAACAUAACCUAAGUUUUUGACUUCAGUGAAAAUCAUCAAGUUCCCCAUACAGACCCACUUCAGAAACCUAAUAGUUCAGUUUUCUCACAAUUGAACUAUAGACAGUGAAGUGUUUCAAAAUCUGACCUACAAACAUCCAAAAUUGGUGAAGAACGUGCAGGACGAUAUCCAAGAACUUAAAUGGCACAAAACCAAAUGUCUGCAAAUAAAAGUCUCUUCUAUUCAUUUCAGUUUCAAAACAAUUUGAGGCAAUUAUUUGAUUAAGAAAAGAGACUUAAACCAACAAAAAUGUGCCAUUUUUUUAUAGAUGUUUCAACUUUAUCUGAAUAGUUGGAUUAAAGAAGCUGUUUAGAGUAUUCAUACAACUUGUUAAAACUUUUUGGUGAGCUCAGUUUAGGUAUUUUGAGGUUAAACUGUAUUACUCUUUACUCUAAAGUGAGACGUUUCCACUACAAAGGUUUGUUAAAAAGAGGUACAGAUGUCUUUAACGUGACACAUCCUCGAAGUCUGUGUGUGGUUAGUCCUUUGUCAUUAAAGAGGGAGAUUUUAAAGUCCUCUGGUUCCUGGGAAGCCACAUCAUGUUUGAAUGACAGGGCAACCUAACAGCUAAGCGGCCACAAUUACAGAGCUUCAGGAGGAAACCCGUACCAAAACUGGCACUGAAACCGUAUGAAAUAGGGAGAGGCGUGAAAAUUAUCAAAUGUUCUCUGAUGUGAGUCGAUGCGGUGAACCAAACUGAGAGAUGUUUCCUCAGAGCGGGCACUUUGACGAGUUCAGGUGGUCUCUGAUAUUGAAUUCUUACACUGCGGCGGCUGUGUUUUAGUGAUGUGAUGAAUGAAAGAGAGCAGUGUGGGCUUUAUAAACACAGCAGCACAUCUGGAAUAUUGUUGAUGUAGCGGGAGAUUAACAGCAGGGGGCAAUGUUGAACCUGAGCUGAUUCCUGACAGAGGAGAUGUGAAGAAGAAAAUAAAUCUCAGUUUUGGUCUAUUUUGGAUUAAAGAAUGGUCUAAUAUCUCACUCAGUAGUGUGUCACAUUAAUAUUGACCCUGAGCAAUGGUUGCGUUCACUUUCAUUAUGAACUUUUACCAUGUAAUCUUGUAAAAACUGGUGUUUGUAUUUAAUUAAUUAGACACAUACAGUACAUAUGUUGUCAUGUAGGCAUUAAUACUGACUUACAAAGUAUCCAGAUGUAUACCUGGCACAAAAAGAGAGCAAACGUCUCCAUCUCUGCUCUUGUUUGCGUGUAGACUACCUGUAAGUGCUACAUAGCAAAAAGACAGAAGUCUGGCACAGAAGCAUUACAAGGAAACCUUAGAAAGAAAGUACUUACUCAACAUCAACACAAUGACUCAAACCGCAGAGGCAAUGCUGGGAUAAAAGACUUUAAAUGCUUCUUUGGGAUUCUCAUGAUACCUGAGAAUGUGAAUGUGUAAUCCACAAAGAGCUGUGGAUGUCAUAAAGUUACUUUAAAAACAACUUUUGUGAGCGAGGGGUUGCAUAUUUCACCGGUUUAUCGGUUUCAGUUGAGCUUUUGAGGCUGAAGUCAAAAGCAGCACGUCCUGAAGGAAAAGCAAGGCCAUCAUAGUUUCUGUAUCACCUUUUUGACAACAUUGCGGCUGAAUGUGACCUUUAGAAAAACAUUUUCAGAGUCGCUCCUACUGCAGGUCAAAGGUGAGGAUGAAUUUCCUGUGAGAGUGUGAAGUAAACUGUCAGUUCCUCUCGGAGAUGUUGUCAUGAACCAUCCUCGUGCCACAUGUGCAAGUCAGCUACAGAGAAACCUCAGUGACUCGAACUCUUCUCCCCAGGUCUCCAGCCAGUCCUUGUCUUUAUAGCACCUGGUAAAUGAAAGCAGCUGUGAAGACAGCGGGGAAUGUGAACAGGAAUGAACACUAGCAAAGCGCGUUAUUACACCAACAGGCUUUCAGAUCAGGACCGUAAAAGGAAACAGGUUAGGUUAUCCUCUGACUCCUGAUCCUUGAUGAAUACUGCGAUUUUCCAGCUCAUGACCUCCUGAGAUAACAUCGCAAGUCUGGCCUCUUUUUUUCGGCCCCAUGUGGUCUACGGAGACUUUAGCUUUGUCCCCCCUCCUGGGAGCAGUGGCUGUCAUCCUUAUCGCAGGAAGUCACACAAUACAGCAGAGGAAUGUAAACCUAGAACUGUAUUCCAGCUGAAGAAGGGUAAGGAAAACCAAGAGUUUUAGACGAGUCACUUUUUGUUUUAAUUCUCUACCUGAUUACUUUGGAACAGAGCGUCCACGGCAGAGAAAAACACGUUUUUAUCCGUUUGACAGAUGUGCUUUUGUUUUAUUUCUGCUGUCAAGAAGACAUAACAGCUCUGAGUAAUUUGGCACCCACUGGUUUGUUGUCCUCAUGGAACAAUGCUGCACAAAAACUCCACCUUCAUAUAAUUGGAAGAACUUCAGGGUGUCCAUCAUAAAAACGUCUAAAUGAGGUUGUGUGACACUCAAAUACAGACAUGUUUCUAUUCAUUUAUUUUCGCAGAAACUUUACAAUACUUGUUAGAUUCAUAGCUUCACUAUUCUAAACAUUCUGGACCAGUUUCAGACACGGUGGUCCACUUAAGUCACAUAACACCACAGGAAACCUCUGCAGUAAAAUACAGACCGCAAACUGCAGGCUCUUAAUUGAGUAAACAGUAAAAUCAGUGUUUCUUGAGGUUAAAGAAGCUUAAAGAAGAAAUUGCAAAAUUAACAUGCCAAUACAUCAGGGUUACUAAUACAUCAUCUUCUUUCUGUACUGAUACUGUAAGUAGAAAUGUUCAUAAAAUGAUGCUAAAAAAACACAACCAUACAUCUACCAUGUUUUAGCAGGGACCUUCGCACUACCUAAGCUGUUUAAUAUAACUAUACAUCCAUUACAAUAACGCUUUGAAUGACCACAACUUGCAUGAAUUAGCAACAAACGUUAAAUGUCCUUUUCUUUUAAGUCAAGUCAACAAACCACGCUGCUGUCAGCUGUGUGCAGGAAAGCAUUCAGAGACAGUAGUUUAGUAAUAUCAGCAGAUAAUAUCUUACAAAGUUACUAACUGAUGUUGGCAGACAUGAAGAUUUCUGCAGGUAUAAACAUCAGCAGAAAAAAUUAAGCUUUACGUGCGUCCAAUGACGGCUUACAUGGGCUAGCCGAACACAUUGCUAAAGGACCUUUAGCAAUGUGUUCGGCUAGCCCAUGUAAGCCGUCUAUAAAUAGACCUUUAGUAAAGGUCUAUUUCCAAAAAGUCAUACAUUUGUCAAGAAGAAUUGAAUGUUGAUUGUCUUGUUUUAUGUCUGUCUCCAACACGUAUUGGACUGUCACAAUAAGAGUAAAAAGUAAAUCGCAUUACAAGAGUCUUAAUAGUUAUGAUAGGGUGACCAUAUUCUAAAUCCCCCAAAAGAGGACACUACUACACGGGGCGGGGUCACGGAGUCGCCUGUAGUAAAUUAUGAGAUUUUUUCUUGGGUCGAGUGUUUUUUACCCGAUUCUAACUCAGUAAGCCCACUUGACACAAACUCAAAACUUCCAUACAAAACCCCGGACAUUUGAAGGACUUUAUAAACUCCCCUGGACAAGGCCGGACAGCCCCCCAAAAAGAGGACGAAUGGUCACCCAAAGUUAUGAUAAAAUGUGUUAGUUUGUCAUUAUCGAUAUCAGUAUCGACCACAAUGUUGGGGUAUCAGAUAUUGGUGAUAAUCCAAUGUUGUGCAUCCAUAGAGAGUAUUGUCUAGGUUCUUUUAUUUACACUGGCCUCAAUGUUAACACAAGUAAAAUCAAAAUACUUCCAUUCUUGAUUUGGAUAUAAUUUAUGCACCACUGUUUCCUCUUUUCUCUAUGUCCUUGUGAUCUCUUUCUAGCUACCCACCACUUUGUUUAAAGAAAUAAAGAGCAAACAUACAUUCGAGCUCCAUGAAUUAAUCGCUUGUUAUCAAUAUACAAGCAAGUGGCAGGAAUGAAAGUAGGAAAAGGAGAUCAGAGUGAAAACCUCACAGUAUAGCACGCUGGAUUGUGCUGCUGGGCCUUUUGGACUCUACAAUAACAGACAAUGUCACCUCGCUGAAUUCGUUGCUGGGGCUUGCGUGUGUUGCAAAUGAGAGAAGGCCCGUGGCAACAAAGAUGUUUUUCCAGAUAAUAAGUGAAGACUCAUGUUCAAUUAUUUUUACCAUCCUACUCAUGAGCGGUACAACUCAAGGAGAGAAAAAAACAUGCAAACAGGAGCUGAAACUGAACUUCAGGUCAUUUAAGGGCCACUUCUUCCACUGGGGCUCUGGUUAACCAGUCUCACUUCCCUCUAUAGGACAUGCAUGUGUUUCAGAUAAAGCUGAUAUAUUAGGCUGAAGUUAAUACAGGCCUCUACAGAUCCAAUAAAAAAAGUUAGGUAAAUAUUUCCAAUAGAAAACGUGUUUGAAGAACCAAAUUUCUGCUCUGUGUCACUGAAGGUUCAAGGAAAUUUCAUUCUGCUAGGACAUGAAUUUUGGAAGACGUCCACAUCAUUGUCUCACUCAGGUUGCAGAAUAGCUCAAAUUAAAGUGAAGAACUUAUUUAACUAAGAGUAAAGAGGGGGAAUGAAGCAUGUGGGUUUUGUCCUCCGUCCAAUACUAUAAAACCACCGCGGGAAAGAAACUCUUAGCUGCCAAUACAGACAGGAGGACAAUUACAGCGGACAGUAUCUCUUUCAAUUCACCGUGACCAUGUGAGUACAACUUAAAGUUGACAGCAGAACCAUCUUUGAAUUGAUUUAUUCAUCAUUAUGCAGUUAAUUGCUAAGUAUCAGAUGUUGUUAUGGUUCUCAGAUAGUUGGCCAAAAAAAGUUCAUUUUAGCGUUCGCCUCAGGCUGUCGAGUCGUUCUGUGAGGCUAGGUUAAACAGCAGCAGGAAAUAGUUUGAAAUUAAUAAGAGAGCGUACAAAUAUGAGAGUUUUAUUGAUGAUUUCUUCCUAAUAAUUGAGGGAAAAGUAACCACUCUCCUCAAAUCUGGUGUUAUUCUUGAAUUAGAUGAAUUAGAAGAAUUAAAUCAGCCAUAAUGGAAAUAUUCAGUAACUGGAGUCAUGAGUGUUUCACAUUAGGGCUGUAAAGUGGACUGGUCGAUUAAUGGUCGAUAUGUGCUAUGUUGACCAAAAUUCUGAUUGGUCGACUCUGCUUUUUUCCGCCUAAAUUUACAGUCUCUGGUCAAUUUCAUCAAGAGGAACGUACCAAAUGCUAAUGGGGGUGUUUUCAGAGCACCCCAGUUUCACAAACAUAGACUGUAUAGAAUGGACGCCAUCUGCCUCCUCGCUGGGUGAAGCCACCCGAGAACGGACUGCAGGAUAGGUCAUAAAUCCCGCUUCCUCCAGCAAUCCCUAUGGAGUUGUGGACAAACUUUAGACAUUUAUCACACAGAAUAUAAUUUUUUUUCCCCCCUGGUUGUGAUGUUGACAAGUAGUUAUUAUAAGACUGGUUUGUGCUCAAGUCCUCUUUUUUCUGUACAGCUCCAUUUUUAAAAGUUAUCGGAGGGUUCAUGUUUUCUAUGAUUGACACUUGAUACAGCCAAUGGGCGUAUGAAGAUUACGUAGCUCACCCGGGGGACACGCUGUUUGAACCGAGCGUAAUCACAGCGAUUCUUGGCGACUCUUCCGCCAAAUGCGUACAACGCUACUGCGCAAUGUUGGUUUCAGGAAAUGGAGAAAAAAUGCAGAAAUAACGAGAGCUUUUUGGCUUCAAAUCUGUAUACUGGGGGAAAGCACAAUCAAGUUGUCCAUAGUAUAUACAGUCUAUGGUGAUCACAGACCACAUCUCAGUACUACUUAGUAGCAGCACAUGCCCCCCAUAAAAAAUGUUAUUAAGUGACAUGCUUAUUCGCACUUCCUUCCUACUGUAAUAACUGUUGUUCAAGUCAACAUGCAACAUUUUUUUUUUUUUAUUAUUAUUCAUGAAACUCUUAAAUCAGGGACGUUUCUUUGGACAGCUUUAGCCGAGGACAGGUCAUCCAAAUCGGGGACUGUCCCUGGAAAUCGGGGACGUCUGGUCACCUUACUGGAGACCGACUGGAGACAGGAAGAUUGAAGAGCGUCCACGUUAAUGGACGUCCUGUGGUUUGCUGAUAUCUACUUUUAUUUUGAGCGUUUCAACUUGCGGGUUUCAUCAACGUUCAUUUUGGGUUUCAUUGCCUUCUUGUGCUGAUAACAGAAGGGUUUACCGUCAGUGUUCUUUGGUCAAAAAUUUUAGGGUUUUAGUCAGCCAACAAUUUCUUUGGUUGAUUACAGCCCUAAUUCACUAAGGUUUUGUUUUCAGAAACUCUGCGAAACACUUCAUAAUAAACAAAUGACGUUUCAUGAAAGAAUGCUCACGUUUUCGUUUGAGUCGACCACUUGCAGAAAUGACUCUUGUACCACAUUUAUCAAACGUCUCAACACCCCCACAUGGUAAAGCAGUCCCAUGUGAUUCUCCCUGCAUGUGUUUGACACUGAGCUCCGGCCUUUGACUCAGACCUGAGGCACAUAUCGGUCUGCAGACACACGACUUUGGUUCAGGCGUCUGAUUUCUUUCUGUUAAACGUGCACACACACCCUCACUAGGAGGCUCAGGUCAAGGAGAGGAAACCUUGCCGAUGUGACGCUCAGGGUAACAUGGCUGAUCUUUUAACACCUCUCCUGUUCUUUAAAGAGGCGACAGAUCUCGUUUCCCUCCUUCGGUUACGUCUGAUCAGACUGCCGGAGGUGCAGUAUGGUGAGGGAUUGAUGGAUGUGAUGGUGACAUAACUUGAAAAUGUCUGCGUUACCCCCUGGAGUCAGGACAAAGUGCAGACCCAGUCGUCUCCUCGGAGGUCGUUGAGUUUAACAGUUUCAGAGUCAGGGGUCGGGAUGUUUUUGCUUAAAAGUAGUUAAGAUCUGCCGGUUUGCGACUAAAGAUGAUCUCUGUUUUGUUCAGUUUGCAGAAGGGUGAUCUAUGUUUCUACUUCCAAUGUGGUUGUCAUUGUAGAGAAAACAAGCAAAUGUAAUAUAGGAAACUAAUUCAAACAAGCGUAAAGCCAAGGUUCAUUUCCAUAUUAAAAAAUAUAAAGUCUGUGCAUAGUUUCCCCUCCGAUGAUAUCCCCCCUGCCCUCCAAACACAACUCUGGCAGAAACCCCAUCCUUAAUACCUUAUCAAUCCUCCUGCAGACUGUCAGUUUCCACCGCUGCGUUCUGUAUCCUCCUGACCCGGAGCGGUUCAACAUUCCUGCUCUCUUAUUGGGCAGAAAGACUCGGAGAAUGAUGAGCGUGACUCUGACCCUGGGCAGACCCUAGCUCUCGGUUUUGCACAGGUGUGUGGCCUCAGGGAGCUGAAAGAGGAGGAGGAGGGAUGGACGUCCUCUCACACCCUCAAUACAACACAAGCCGCGCUCCUGAUACAGAAGUGUCCCUCAGGGUGUUUUAUCCGUGACCUGGACUUCAGCUCAUAUUGGACUCGGUCAGAAUCACUUGUCGGCUUUAGUCUUCUUGUUUCUCCUUAUUUUGCAAGUUAAAUGAGCUGUCCUAACAAGCAGACUCUUUCUCACACCAACUUGUUAAACUGAAGUGAAAAUAGGUGAGCGAACCAAAUUUGAUUUUGUGUGACGGUUUAUUUUGGCUGGAUGAGAAUAAAGCAAAGAAAUGGAGAAAUAGAGUGAUCAAGAUUUAUGUUUGAUGGUUCAAUGAAAUGUUAUUUUAAUGCUAAAGGUGAUAUUUUAUUGCACAUUGCGUGCCCUGUAGGUUUGAUGGCGAGGCGGUGCUGUAUUUAGCGUGAACAUUUCCAGAUGUUUCAAAGUGAAACCAUUUAAUUGCUCGGUUGGCAUCGCGACUUUACCGAAGGGAAAAUGUUCUAUCAAGUGAUUUUCUUUGCAUCCAGACUCUUCCUAAGUCUGCACCGUAACUUUGCUCUUUUAUGGACAUGGAGAAAUGUUACAAGCUGAUUGGUGCCAAGUGGAUACUCGCUCGCUCCUCAUUUUCUCCAUGGCCUUCACUUUUCUGUCCAAGAUUCCCCUCACACGGCACGGUUAAGGAAACAGAGCGAUGUUGUCAAGUUUAGUGUAAUCUCUCCUGACAGACCCCCAUGUGAAUAAAAUUUAGCAUGAAUGCAGCCAAGGUGGAGCUAAGUCUUAAAACUGAGCGUGAAACCAAACAUCCUAUGGCACAUCGUUUCCAGUUUUAAUACCUCCUCAUUACGCAGAAGCUCUGCAGCUCUGAUUAUGAUACAUGCAGAACUGUCAGCACCUGAGUCUGACCCCUGUCAUUACGUGCAGUUUGGGAGCAGAGAGGAAAGAUUUUAUCAGGUAGAGUUGAGGACAGCUCAGGCAAGAUAUUUAGCUGAUGGAAAUAAAAUGGAAAAACUCUGACUUCUUAUGAUGGGUGUCUGUAGAAUAGUCAAAAGUUGGUGAGAGGCAAUAAAAACAUGUCUCUGCUGCUUUCCUCCCUUUGUCCGUCUCUCACUCUAUUAAUGACUUGAUUUAUUUUCACUCUGUUUGGGAAAUAAAACAUUUUUCCUUUUCUUUUUUCCUUGAAGCUGCUGAGGAGAUGAGUAAGGAUGGCAGAGCAUAGUUUCUGCGGUAAUUUGUACGAGUUUCCAUGCACUUGAGCACUUUCCGCUCUAACUCCAUCCUAAUUUAUUCACGGAAAAUGCUCUUAAUGAAAUUGGACAUUGGGCAUUUGCCACUCAAGAAAGGUCAAUGCUGCUCUCAUCGAAACUCUGAGGUGUCAAACAAGUUUUUGCUGUUCAACCUCAACAGCUUGUUGCCCUUUAUGAAUAGAUGCGCCUGAUUACCUUAAAGAGUUGAGCGUUAACUUUGACCUUGUCUCUUUCUUUCAGAUGUAAAUGAGUGUGAGGAGACCAACGGCGGCUGUGAGGCUCUCUGCUGUAACACCAUCGGGAGUUUCUACUGCAGGUGUCCGCCUGGACUGAAACUUAAUGAGGAUGGAAAGACAUGUCAAGGUGAGUCCUCCGCUGUGUUGGAAGUUUGGUUGACGAGGGCCUGUGUCCACUAACACUGUGUUUGUGCAGGCAGUGCCAACAACUUCAAUGUCAGAGUGCUUUUUACUGUUGUGAGGUAAAGUAAGGCCAGCUAUCCGUCAGAGGACUUUGAGAAGAUUUGGAAAAGACUCGUGGAAAACUAUCAGCUCACACCUGCUCACAUCCAAAGACAAGUGUUUGGAGUUUUUAGUCACAGCCUCGUCUCAGAGUGAGAUUUUACAAAGACUGUGAAUCCUACAGGGUCACUAUUCACAAGACUACAACUAGAUCCUUUUAGUAUUACAGUUCAGUGUUUCCCAUUGGUGGGGAAUCUAUCUGUGGUGGUAUGUGAUUUGAAGGAGGGGGGUGGCUCAUUAAUCAAUUUUGUGUUCACAUAUGACAACUCGCUAAUACUCAGUACACGUGCCCUGCAGUGCAGCCCAUGUGUGCUGCAUAUACUGAUACCUACUGGGUCCAAGGUGGUGCGUAAAAAAACUUGUUGAGGUGUUGUGGCUUUUAUUUAGCCGUGGUGGUGCGACAUUACAUGUAGGAGAAGCCCUGCAGUUGAUGUUGAAAAGGCAAGGCUGAUCCGCACUAAGCUCCACUAUCCGCUAUUUUUUUUAUCGCCAGUUAUUCUUCAUACUUUCUUAUUCUCCUUGUUUUGACUGUCAGGUUUGAUAUUAUCACAAACCCAAGACUAGGAAAAGACUGAUAUAAAACAGCACAGAUUACCACCUUAAACUUAAUGAUCUAGAUGACAGGAGCGUGCUCAGACUCCGCUGUGACUCCAGUAAAACUCCAAGAUCUUCUUAAGACUUUGAGUUUUUAGUCUGGGACUGUGAAAAUCAUUUGGUGGAAGCCCAGCAUUAGUUGUUCCUCAGCACUCCAGCUUCUAUGAUCUAUUUAAAAUGAUCUAUUUACUUCAUAUUUGUUUUCAGUCAUGGUGUUUUACAAUGAAAUAUAUGAGAUUGAAAGGAAUCAAGUUUUAGCAUCAGAAAAGUUGAAAAUUGUACCUUAAAGGAACAAAUGUGUUGAGGUUCUCCUCUGAAGAGAUGAUUAGCAUGAAAAAACCUUCAAAAAUAGCCACCACAUUCACAUCUGAUCGGGGGACAGUCUCUUUUCAAUCCACCACCCAUGUACCUUUUUUUCUUUCCUGCUGUCAAACUAACAGUCUGCUGAUAAUUACAAGUUCUGCAGAGAAGCUGAAAGAGGACGAGCAUCUCUGGUAUUGUGUCCCUCUUGUAAUUAAGAGCCCACUCAUGUUUCACGUUGGCCGACCAGCGUGUGUUUUGUUCCAGGGUAUUGUUUCAGAAAGUUUCAAAUGUCCCUCAUCCCUGUCGCUGUGGAAAACACUUCAGAACAUGAAUUACCAAAUACCAGCUGGCAGAGUUAUACAGCCAAUGCUUUAUUCAUUUUUACCUGUGUGAAUUUAGUUUUCUUUUUAUUGUGACUGACUGAAUAUGGAUCUUAAAACCAGUAAACAACAGGGUAUUUCAGGGAACUACAUGGCCAGAUCUUUUUUGUAAUGAUUGAUUGAAGAUUCAAUACGUACGCCAUGAUUUGGUCUCGUCUCAGAUAAAAGUGCAGCUACCUGUCCGUGAUGAGUCCCAUCACCUCUGAUUUAAAACUGAGCUUCUCCUCAAAUUUUCCCAUGAGAGCUCCUUUUUUCCCUCAUCAUAUUUUGAUGUUUUUGAUUAGGAAACCUCUGCCAGUGGUUGGUGUAAUCAGAAUAAUGAUUCCUCUGUGCUGCAGCCAAGCCUGGAGGAGAGAGAGAGAGAGAGAGAGACGAGGAGCGCUCUGUAGUGCGGCUGUCUGCUGGAGGAAGCAGGGGGCGAUCUGAUCCCAGUUACGGUUAUUAGCAGAGCUGAUGGGAAGGUUGUCACAGCUGGCUUCCAUAGCUCGCUGCCCUCUGCUGCUGCUGUAUGUUGCCGGAAAAAAAAAACUGCUACCCACAGCAUUAGUGUCAUAAUUGACUGUAAUAGGCAGGAGAAUGAGGAGAGGUAAAAGAGCUGGAUGGAUGUUGCGGCUGCAUGUGCGGUGCUGAGUCUGCAGAAAGUGAUCAGCUUACCCUCUGCUUUGAGCGCCUGAGGUAGAGCGAGCUGCAGAGUCAGAGCCGACAUGACGCUGGGAGACGAGAUCCAUUCAUUUAGCAGUUAAAGAGUAAAUGCUGCUUUGGAGCUGGAUCAUGAACAACCACAUUAAUGCUUUUGGGGAAUCCUGUCCUUGGCAGUGUGCUGUAAUUUUUCCUAAAUGAAAGACAUCUGCUGGCAUGAGCGGGAAACAAACAAACGGAUCUUUUGUUCAGUGCAAAAACCCUGAAAAUGUAUUAUUUAAUCCCUCUGAAGAGUUCCCUGCGUCUAAAACCCACUUUUUUUUCAUGCAGUUUUCAAAUUCACUUUUCAACGAGGCGUGUUUGAUCAAAGUGGAAGUAGCCAACUGUUAACUACUGUCAUGCUGAGUGCAGCACAGCGCAGAAAAGCAUCAACAUUUUAGCCGUCAUGCUAAAUGAACUUUACUGCCCGGACCAACAUGAGCGUGAAGGUGGGAGCGACGGUCUGCCAGCUCUGACACCUGUCUUAAUAGAGAGCUCUGCCCAAAAUCAACACAUAUCUGAGGCUCUCAUUAACUCUGAGAGCAGGAGAUUUCCCGUAAUGACUUCAUGAGAAGAGGAAAAAGUUCUCUGAGGUUUUUAUGCUGGUAUUUUAUUCAUGUAGCUGAAACCCUGGCUCAGGAUCUCAGUAUCUGGCCCUGCGCCUAUCAUCUGUCUUCCAUGCUUGAGCAGACUGCUCCCUCACCUAGCUGGUGUCUAUGUCCUGCACAAAUAUGCAUUCGAUAUGCCACGUUUGCAAAACUUUGGAUAUGUUGGUGGGUGGAGUCAAGAAUAUGGUCAGUAUCAGUUUCUGCAGGUCUGUCUGAGCUUGAGAACUUCUCACAUGCUUGUGGUCUGAAGUAACGAUGGUGCAGGUGUAUUUUACUGACACGCUCAAGCUUCUUACUGAGAAAUAGAGUAAAAGAUGGAAAAACUCACAGUAACCGUAUCCCGCGGAGGUCUCUAAGGGUCAUUUUGGUUAAAAAAUGGUGGUGAUCCUGGACCUGAAUGAGAUCCAUGCGCCCUAAUCUUGACAUGCUCUUGCUGCUGUGUUUUUGCGUGCUGUUUUGGCAGCAGAUGAGAGAGCACAGUGUUAACUCCUGAACAGGAGAUUUCACUGCAAGCCUCAUUCCUUUCUCAGCUGCUGGGAUUAUAAAUUCUGAACGUGACCUCUAGCGUUUGAAAAACUGGCGCAGCUUUUGUGGCACACAUGUCCAUUUCGAUGAAACAAUGCAGACAGUACAUUCAGAGGUGUGUUAACAAUUUUUAUUCUCUGCUAGAAAGUGAUGUGCACUCGUAAAUCUCAGCUUUUAUCGAACAACAUUUUUUAAGAAGACGGUAAAAUAAAGUGGAGUGUUAGCAAAACGAUGCAAAUCAUGGAGGUCAAAGCAUCAAUCUCGGUGUAACACAGUGAUUUUUAUCUCUGCUGGUCGCACAUAAGAGAGAGUUUAGGUGGGGGUGAAAGAAAAGUGUGGAGAGAGGGGGGAAGAGAGAAAAAAGGGGAGAGAGGAGGAUCUUUAAUGUGAUGGACAUUUAAAUGGGAGGGUGAAAUGAGGGAGAAAAAUCAGGAGGCAGAGGCAGCGAGAAGUAGUUACCAUGUUACAUUAGGAAAGGAUUCAGUACCUGGAGGACUGACCUUUAACAGCUUUUGUCCUCAGUGAAUAUAUAUAUAUAUUUUUUUAUUUUUGAUAUUUGAGCAGUUUUAAGAAAGUCAAAGUUUUAAAUCCUUCUUCUGACCAUGGCUUUGUCAACAGGAUGCUGGAUUUUCUGCUUGUUUUCGAUUGAAUUAAUGGCUCAGCUGACAAGAGCUGCGAACUAUCAACACAGUUACUAUAGAAGGAUUUGCUAUAGGCCACACUGUUACCAUGGAUACCAUGGCUACAAUUUGGGCUACCUGGCGGCAGGUAAGUGAUGCAGAUGAUGAUGAUGCGGAGGCAGAAAAUUCACGACUGGGUUUAUUCUGAAGGAUUUUCACUCUAAAAGAUUUGUAUUUAAAGCUCCUGUGAGAGAUUUUUAACUGGUUAUAAUGCAGACUGUAAUAAAACGUAUGUCUUUAAUAAGCCACACAAAAAAAUACAAAACAAGACCAUCAGAAUUUUUUAUGCCUAAAACUGCUACUGUAAGGCAGGCGUCAAACAAAAUGAUUACUGUAUUUUUUGGGCGAUAAAGCUCACCGGAUUAUACAGCGCACUGUGAAUUAACGUGUCUAUGUUCACACUUAAGGAGCACUGGAUUGUAAGGCGCAUUAAGCAAAACAACACAGUCCGGUAAAUAAAACUUUAUAUAACAACAAAUACUGGCACAGAAAAAUACGCUCAAUUAUUGAUUCCUUCCUCUUCCUCAAAUCCACCAAAUUCUUUAUCUUCAGUGUCUGACUUAAACAGCUGAGCGAUUUUGGCAUCAAGCAUGCCAAGAUCUGUCUUGUCAUUAUCCGAGUCAGUCUCAUUGCUGUUAUCGGUACUUCGCUGUUCAGUGAUGAUUCCAGCUUUCGUGAAAGCACAGACAACAGUUACCGUAUGCUCUGAAUAUCCAUUGAGCGGAGCGGAUUUGUUGCUUAUGAAAGUCGUACUUAAGCAUUUCGACAGAUUUUUGAGCAUAUUGUUCCACAUAAGCGCAACAAGUAAUCAUACAUAAGGUGCUCUGGAUCAUAAGGCACACUGCAAAUUUUUGAGGAGACCUAAGGAUUUUUAGUGCGCCUUAUAGUCUGAAAAAUACGGUACCUUUUUUUUGACAAUGUUGUUUACAAUGAGGGAGACAUUCGACUGAUUAAAGAAACAGGACUUUUAUUUUAAGUAUAUAAAAAUUUCCAUUUUGUCCACAGGGGGCGCCAGAAUCAACACAGACAAAAAAUCCCUCACAGUAGCUUUAGAUAUUUUACUUUUUUUUUUUAAUCAACAAAUCUUGUGCCCGAACCUUGUAACUGUAUGUCAUUACUCAUGAAGUAAAGAGAAGCUGGGAGGUUUUUAUAGGGUCAGAGUGUUUGUUUGUGUCUCCAUCAUCAGACUCUCUAAUCAGGCUCAUAGAUAAAGUGUCUACUGUGUGUGUGCUGUCUGGCACAGUGCUGAAAACAUCUGUCAGAGGAGGGGAGGAAAACUUUAAUCUGCAGAGAUUAGCACACAUGACAUCAUAAAUCAUGAGAGGGGCUUUGUAACGUGAACACAAACACGGCUAUACACUUGAAUGUUUCGCUCCAGUUCUGGCAGAGCUGCUGCACAGUUGUAGCGUGUUUACAUUAAUCAUUACUGUAACUCUGAUAAUACUGCUGAUCUGCUGUGUUUUCAAAUAGAUAAUCCUUGGAGAUAGAUAUAAGAAUGUUAAGAAAUCAUCUGUCUUCUGAGAGCUAUAAACAAACCACCUUUCGGACAUGGACCAAAGUAGUUUUCCAUGAGGACGACACAGUGCUGUGGGUGGCUGCGGGCAGAGAAUUAAUGAGCCUCCUGUAAAAGCCAAUGUCUGCUGAGGCUUUGGCUCAAGACUGGUGGAGGAGGAUCAUGUUCUGGAAGUGGAAACCAGGCUGGAAGGGAUUCACUUACUGGGCGCUGGAGCAGAAGGAGAAACAGCAGCUCAACAGAGCUGGAUCUGUUUCAUGAAAAACCAAACCAAAGGGACGGCAUAUGCAGCAUGGAUGGAAAAAUGGAGAAAAAGGGCUCCUGCCAGCUUUUCUGGACAAAAGUGGAGCUGAUAUUUGGCAGCAGAGGGAAAAAGAGGAGGAAAGUUUAGAAGCUCACUUCUGCCCCAAAACCAUAUUUGAAUAUGUUAGGGUUAUGUUAUGAGGGGUAGGGGGUUCAGCUGAAGGAUAUUUCUGUAAUUCAGCCCUCCUGGGCAGCUUUUACUGGAACCAUUAGGCAAAUAGAUUUAAGUCCCUAUAUGCUAAUGCACUUCAGUUCUAGACCUGAUCCUAAGAAAGAGAAAGACAGUUUUUCAUAGAUCUAUUACUUGAUCACCAAGAUGUCAUCGUUUACAGGACUGUACUGACCUCAGUCAUGUUUUUGUUUGAUGAUGACAUGUUCAGGGUCGUGUAAAGACCUGAUUUAUGAAUUAUUGUCAGGUCACUUGUACUGCAGGAGCAUAGAGACAGUGUUGUUGUGGCGUGUAGUGUGAUAAUGAAGCUAAAAUACAGGAUGUCCAUCUUUGAGGAUGCCCUCAUGGCCAAAUCCUCUUCCUGUGGUGAAAGAUACAUUCUCGUUGCCGGCCAUAAAAACUACGGCCAUAACAAAUAUUUUCAGAAUGACUGUAACCGAAUGUGUGAGUGUAAACUCCCGACUUAGCAAUUCAUUUCAACUCCAGGGAAUAUUUUUCAAUUUUUCAUAUAUUAGUGUGGUUGACCUUGAAUGCUCCUGUUGGUCGUAUUUCAAGCAGGACCAGCAGAGCGCUGGCAGAAAGGAGUUUGUAUAAAAUCUCUGUAGGUUCUGGAUCAUAAAACAGCAAACACACACACACACACACACACACACACACACACACACACACACACACACACACAGCCAGCUGGUGGACAUAGUAUUCAUCUGUUAGAGGGCCAGGUAAAACCUCAGAAACAGGAGGGGAUACAAAACCGAACAAACAAGUGAAGAUUUGAGCUUAUAUUCAACAGGUGGUAGAGACACAGUGCCAAACAUGCGCUCAUGUGGCUCCACCUGCUGAAUAUGUAGCAAGAGUUUUUGAAAGUUCAUGCCAAAUGUAAAAUAUCUGCACUGGCAGCGUUCACUGCUCUUGUUACCAAAAGGCACGAAAAACGGAAGUGAUUUGUGGUUUUCAUGCAGAACCCCACAGGGUUCAUGCCGGAUCGAUUACAAAAUACCAACAAUAAGAGGAAACAUCACAACAAUAACAACAUCAAGACAUUUUUAAAAUUAGCUAAAGCUGACUCAGUUCCCACAACCCUUUUGCUGCAUGUUUUCUCUCACUAUCUACCCACUCAUGUCUCUGGUCUCUUGGUAGGUGUUCGGUUUAAUCAAGAAAAUAUAUCAGUCAGGACCACUGUAGUCAAAAUUAAUUAUUUAUUACAAGCAAACAUUUUGACAUUGGCGGUAGGGCUCCGUUCUGAGAGUUCCCUGCCCUUCCAUGUGCUUGCAUGGAAUGCCAAAGCUAUAAGAGGGGAGAGCUCCUCCCUUCCCUUACAUGCAUGUACAUGAAAAGCCAAGGCAGAGGAAGCAGCAGCAAAUAAAUAAAAUUAAGAUAAAUAACUUUAUCUUAAUAAAUAAAUAACUAAAUAACACAGAACAGAGCAAGCAUCAGUGAUGAUACAUGUGACACUGGUGAGAUCAGACACAACAUAAACAGGAGGAGUUGGGGUGGAGGUGGAUUGCAGAGUGGUUGCAGCAGGCAGAGUAGGCAGGAGAAGCAGUUUAAAUUGGGCGCCAUUUUGACAUUUGCCAAUAGGAUGUGUGGAGGGUGAUCAGCUGAGCUGUCAGCUGACUGAGGGCUGGCUUAAGAUCAGCUGACUGUAGCCUUUAGCUUGACUUCAUAUGCUGCCUGAUCUACCGCUAUGCUUCAUUAAUAGAAAAAUGCAACAGAAUUUAAAAUCAAAACCAAGAAGGUCAAAAUUAAUGACAAAAAGUUCAUACGAAAAUAUAAAUAUGUUGUUGAGACAGUCAAAGUGGAAUUAUACAGCAGCAUCAUGAGACUCAGUACAUGCAUGUUCCUAUCUUUAGAUGGUGAGUCCUCACCAUAGACUGUAUUUACUAUGGACAACUUGGCUCCGCCUUCUGUCAUUACAAAUUUGACGCCGAAUUGCUCUUGGUAUUUCCUGGAUUUUCUCCACUUCCUGGAACCAUCACUUGCCCAGUAGUAUUGUACGAAUUCGUCGAAAAAGUCGCCAACAGUCGCUGUGAUGACGCUCGGCUCGGGUGAGCUAUGCAAUCUUCGUACGCCAAUAGGCUGUAUCAGGUGUCAAUCAUAGAAAACAUGAACCCCCUGAUAACUUUUAACAAAUGGAGCUGGACAGAAAAAAAGAGGAAUUGAUCACAAACCAGUCUUACAGUAACUACAUGUCAACAUCUCAAGCAGGGUAGAAAAAAAUAUAUUCUGCGUAUAUUGCUGGAAGAGGUGGGAUUUAUACUGCAGCCUGCCACCAGGGGGUGCUGUUCUCGCGGUGGCUUCACCCAGCGAGGAGGCAGAGGGCGUCCAUUCUAUAUACAGUCUAUGGUCCUCACAAAGCUAGCUGGUUCAGUCUGCAAACACUCUGCGCAUUUACAUAAUCUUUCUCAAAAAAACUUUGACUUCCCAUAGAGUCUCUUUGACACGUUGGGAGGAAACUUCUCAUGGAGGUGAGAGGUAGAGAUGAUUGUGUUCAUGUUCGCUAUAUGUGUUUGAAUAAUUCCCCCUCCUUAGGGAACAGAUUGUGUAUUUAUUUGUUUUAAGGACUGAGGGGUUCGCACUGUGAGUAAUGUUGGGAAAUUAUCUAUAGGGUUUAUUUGUACUGAUCUGUUUAAAGCCUUCGUACCCAAAGACAAAUUGUGUGGUCUGAGGGGAGAAAGUCAAUGAGUUCUUCUGAAACAACACAAAAAAAAAGAGUCUGAUUCCCCUAAAUGAUUGUUUUAGUGAUGACAUUACUCACCGUGUUUGUAAAAGAGGGUCUUUUUCACAGGAAUUCCUCUCGAUUCUUUAAAUAACCUCCUGUUGAAGAAAAAAUCUGCCUGGAGUCAGGAAUGUGUGAAUGUGUAGAACAACACGUAUCCCAGCCAGACAUUACACUUGAGGUCUUUUAUGAAGUGUUGGUUGUUUUUACAGGCUUUACGCCACAGUUAAGUACAACUUUUUAAUGUGUCAGGGUUAUUUGAUUGAGUCAGCAAGCUUUCCAAGUUAUUCCACUCAGCUAAUUUUAGUCCCGCUGAAGAGGAAAAGGUAACUUGUCACUGACCUGGAGGUGAGUGGGGUUUGAUAUUCGCGAGGAUUAAUGGAGACAGACAGGCUGUUUCAGAAGUCCACACAAAUCCCAGCUCCAUAAAUCGGCUCAGAUCUCACAGGGGGUCUGCUGUGGAAAACAAUUUAUUAGUCUUUGACCCCUUCAAUUAGAAAUAUUCUUGUUUCAUUUUUAGAUCUGGUCACACGGUAAAGGCAGUCGUGUUUCCCUCCCCACAGCUUUCUCAGACUAAACGCCUCUCUUCUUCUAUUUGUUUAUAAUCUCCACACUCUGCUGAGAGGAAUGUGUAUGUUUUGCAUCCUCUGAUUUACGUUUCCAUAUGUCCGCCGCUCCCGAGGGACUCCGACAAGAAGCGAAGGAAUGUAAAUUUGCUUUUAAAUGUUCAGUAGUUGCUACCACAUGGCAGAUUUGUUUGUUUGAGCUGCGUUGCACUUGUAGGAUACUUUUCCUUCCUAUCCAUCAUCUGCUUUCUUCUCCUGAGCACUUCUUAAUCCCAAAACCUGUGGUAAAUUCUUUCCUCAGCUUGUAAGCUCAUCUUUUUUUUUUCAACAUAAUGAGAGGAUUUGGUGAAAUUGCACUUAUUCCUCUUCCUGCUUUUGCCUCUUCCACAGAUAUCGAUGAGUGCCAGGUCCAUAAUGGAGGCUGCCAGCACAGAUGUGUGAACACCAGAGGCUCAUACUACUGCGAGUGCAACCCGGGCUCUCGCCUGCAUGUGGACGGACGCACCUGCCUCGGUAGGAAAAUUUACAGCACAGGGUUUUUCGGCGCUUACGCUUCAAGAAUACAGCUCUAUUAGUAAGACGUGAUGAAUGCUGCGUCCACGGCAGCCUAAUGUUUGUCAGGUGUUCUCAGUGUGUGUGAAAACUUUCAAGCAUACAUCAGUAAGUUGAUAGAGAUAAAAUGUAAUGAUAUAAUGGACCCAAACAUGAUUUGAUGUCUCUCUCCUCCUUUAAUCCAGUUAGAAACAGAGUCUGAAUGCAUCCAAAGUUUCCCCUCUGUGAUGUGGUCCGACUGGCUCAAAACUCACCUAAACAUUAAAACACUGUUUUGGAAGAGCGACUCUGCUGGAAGGUUCCUAAAGACAGAACUUGGAGGACAAUAUUUUUGUUUUAAUUUCAUUGCAGUUGAGUCACGUAUACGUUUUGACGUGAGCACUUACUCAUGGAAACCACAGUCAUAGCUGAGUCCUCUGAGUGUGAGCCCUGUGUACAGAGUGUGUGUUUUAAACUCCCUGCAGUGUAUUUCUUAGAGGAGUUUUGUUUGAGUAAAUCAUGAGUGUGGAUGAAAUCAAGAGAAAAUCAAAAAACAAAAGAUUUUGUCAACAAGCUGCCUACUAGGUUAGAUCAGUUUAUGAUCUCAAAGGACAAAGUUAAAGGGAUACUCCGGCGUGAAUUUAAGUUACGGUCAAAUACACUGUAACACCGAGUUAGACACCCCCUCCAGAGAUGAUUGUUGCCGACUGCUUGCUUCUCUAGUUAUGCCAACUUUGGUAACAACAGCACAAUAGCAAUACACAGCGGUGUACGUCUCCACGCGCAAACCUCAACCAAAACGCCACUCUAUAGCCACAAAUAAUGCUCAGAACAGCACCUAACUUCAUCAACAGUACAUAUAGGGUCCCAGCCAUAGUACUAGCCACCAAACAUCUUUUUAACUUCGACUGAUUUCUUUAGGAAAGAGACUAAGCACAACUCACCUACUCUCCUCCAGCAGCUGCUUGUUUGUAGGGAGAGCCCUGACGAGUCGAUCACAGAGUGCAGUGGAAAAUUAAUGAUUAUUACUUCAUGGAAAUGCAAUCAGACCGAGAUAAUAAGGCAGAAAAACUUUGGCAUCUGCAGUGCACAAACAAGAUACACAAAAACUCUGAUUAAAAAACUCAGAGAGUAGGUGAGUUGUGUUUAGUCUCUUUGCUAAAGAAAUUAGGCAAAGUUAAAAAGAUGUUUGGUGGCUAGGACCCUAUAUGUACUGUUGAUGAAGUUAGGUGCUGUUCUGAGCAUUAUUUGUGGCUAUAGAGUGGCAUUUUGGUUGAGGUUUGCGUGUGUAUUGCUAUCGUGCGGUCGUUACUAAAGUUGGUAUAACUAGAGAAGUAAGCUGUCGGCAACAUUCAUCUCUCGAUGGGGUGUCUAACUCGGUGUUACAGUGUGUUUGACCAUAACUUAAAUUUACGUCGGAAUAUCCCUUUAAGUUAUUCAUCAUCUUGUUUGUCCUCUUCUUUUUUUACUCCAAACAAACAGAGAGUGUACCACUACAUACACACUGCAGAUGGUUCCACUUGCUAGGUUACGAAAAUAAUCAAAACAAAGCUCCGGAUGAUUAUUUUCUUUUAAUUAUUUAAUCAGACUGUUCUGUUACUUCCUGAAGAUUAAGACUCAUGUGAUUUUUUGAAAAGUUGAAUUCACAGGCAGCAGAAAAUACAACGUGACCCCACUCGCUUCUCCUUCCUUUUUUGAUUGUUGCCCGAGUCACCCUCGACUCAGCAAAAAGUUACAUGGAUCUACUUAAAAUGGAAAUUUGAUUAUCUGCAUUUUAUUACCCAUGAACCAACUGGAGCUGAAUAUUGUGUGAAUGGAUUGAAAGCUCAGAACAGUCACUAAAAGGAGCUUUUGGAGUACGAUUGUUUUCUCUGGAGCUACGAGGAAUUUUGGACAUCAACAGGAGAAAUAUAUUUUUGGUGAAGUUGCAGUUCAUCGUCCAGUGUUUUUAACUCUGAGAUACUGAGAUUUUCUUGACUGUGGAAAAGACUGAGUCAGAAAAAUAAUGCAAAACCACAGAUUGUCAUUAUGGAGGUCCUUACAAGUAAUACGUGUUACAUGAUUCUUAUGAAAGUAGUGAAGAUGAGGGUUUAAGUAUCAGUCUAGAGUUUUGACUGCGUACCUCUGUGAAGUUUUGAUUCCUUUGUCCUUUCCCUAAUUCUUCAACUCAAUUCCUCAAAAAUUAUCUCAUCACUCUCGACAUUUCCUGUGUUGUCUCUGUCAAAUCAUCUCCAUUAGAUUCAGUUUUUUUCUACUAAGAGUCAUUAAAGGUAGGACUACAGAGCUGGCAGCAGCUUGUGCACUCAGAAAUGUAUACAGUGCGCUGACAUUUAGAGUGGAAAUCAUAAUGUGUUUCUUGGCUUCAUAAAGUCUUUUCAUUGUCUUAUAGAGCAGAGAGUGUACUGUGGCAGGGACCCGUCUGUCCCUGAGAGGCCGUUGUGUGACAGCUGUUGCGUGAAAAAAAAAAAGUGACUGAUUGCACUAAUAAUCUCGGCGCACAUCUGGACUGACUCCCAGGUGAAGCUUAUCUGUGCGGCUGCAUAUCCGCUGUAAUGAAACUAUGCAGAGGCUCGCUGCGAAAAGCAUCCAUCAAGUGCAAAAAUGUCUCCAAAGCUUUAUGAAUAACAAAGAUUUUACGUAUUAUGCACAAAUAUAAACUAGAGAGAAGACACACAGCGCUCAGCUCUGAGAGCAGAUGUCCUGAUCUUAUCCAGCUCAUGAUCUGCCAGCACAGGUCACAUGAAUCCCACACACUUAGCGUGUGUCUGAAUAAUAUUUGAGCUGGAGAGCGCUCACGGAUUUGACGUGUACUCGUGAUUGAUGGAUCUCCAGCCUUUGACGAUGAAAAACUUUGAGAGCGCCAAGCUGUUCGGCCUCUGACCGCAGUUUUCUCUGAGGGGGUCGGGUCCAGGUUGUCCACAGGGGUUUCAUCUGUUGAUUCAAAGAGGUGAAACACAGACAAAGAAACGAUGAUUCAUCUGGUUCAGCCUUUAAUCUCAUCAGCAGGAAAAAGCUGUCCACGACAGAGGUCCUGCCAUUCAAAUACCGCUGUGAUUUUUGGCCCUUUUUGGGAUGUUUCUCUCAUUAUUCAGAGCAUAUCAACUCUCUGAGGUAUUCUCUGUGUUUAUUGUUAGAAUAUCACGACCACAGCCGUGACGUUUGUGCGAAAUAAUCUUAUUAAUGUCUGACUACAAUCAAAUGAAAAAUCAGAAAAUGUCAAACUUUGUUUUUUUUUCUUCAGAGAUACCUGACUUUUCUCUUUUUUUGCUGCUGCUCUUUUAACCGUGUAACUUACUUUCUUUCAUUUUCUCUCCUCUGCAGCGACCCAUUCCUGCGCCAUUAGCAACGGAGGAUGUGAACACUACUGUGUGCAGCAGUCUGCUGCUCAUUUCCACUGUCGAUGCAGGCCAAAUUAUGUGCUAGCAGAAGAUGGCAAGCAUUGCAAAUGUAAGAGCCUAAACUGAUCUCUGUUGUAAGAUGAUAAUGAAUAAACACCAACCCGCAGAGCAGGGUAGAAAAAGAGUAAUAAGAUGGAUGAAUGACCAAAGGAGAGCCAACAAAAACAGAUUAUUUUGGACGUUUAUGAAGGAUUUUCAUCGUAAUAUUAAAAGCAUUUUCCUGCAUCUGCUGCCAGUUGUAAUUAUCUGACAGGAUGUCCCCUCUGGAAACUUUUUAACUGACAUUCAUGGGAUGAGACAUUGAACCUGAGUGAAUCACCGCUAUGAGCUUUAUUGUUCUUCAACAUAAAAUCAGUGUUUUCACGUCCUCGCUUCCUCUAAUCUCUGUCUGCAAUCUUUGCAACCAUUUAAAUUAAAUGGGACUCUAAGGAUGGGGAAUUAUACAUUUAUGCAUUUUAAAUUACCGCCUUUCAGAUGCUUUUACUUUGUAAUUGUUGGCUGUGAGGACCUUCCUCUAAUUUUUGCAGAGCUGCAGGUUCUCAUCCCAGAUGCCUGACAGGCUUACACAAGUCAAACUCAAACAGAGGGCAGUGAAGAGAGAACACAAACAGAAAACUGUGUGGGUUAAGGCGCGUCGUAUAUUCUACCUUAAGCUUCAUUUUUACAUUUUUAUUUUAUCACUGAUGUGCAAGUAAUAUUGUUUUUCUAAUUAGUAUUAUUUUAACUUUUUUUUCAUAUAGUAUGCCAAGGACUUAAGCCUCUGUACAUGUACGAAAGAGGAUUAGGGCCAGAUGAAGAGAAAAAUUUUUUUUGGAGAAUUUUGAGAUAAAAUAUAGAAAUUUUUAGACUAAAGUGGAAAUUUUAAGAUUACAAAUUUCAAAAAGUUGUGAAUAACGUCAGAAUUUCGAGAUUACAAAAUACAAAUUCUGAGAUUAAAAUCGAAAUAUUGAGAUUAAAGUUGAAAUUUUUAGGUUCAAAAUCAAAAUUAUGUCAGUAUAGUCGAAAUUUCCAGAUUAAAAAUUGAAAUUUAAAGCAUAAAAUCGAAAUUUCGAGAUUACAAAAUGUUGAAAUGUUGUGAAUAAUGUCAAAAUUUCAAGAUUAGAAAAUUGAAAUUUUGAGGUUAAAGUCGAAAUACUAAGAUUAAAGUUGAAACUUUGGAAUUCAAAAAUCAUAAUUAUGUCAACAAAGACAAAUUUUUGUGAUCAAAUUUGAAAUUUCAAGAUUAAAAAUUGAAAUUUUGAGAUUACAAAAGGCGUGAACAAUGUUGAAAUUUUGAGAUUAAAAAUUUACAAUUUUCAGAUUAAAGUCAAAAUUUCAAGAUUAAAGUCAACAUGAAGAAAGUCGAAAUUUUGACUUUAAUCUUGAAAUAGAAAUUCAAAAAAUGUAUCUCUUGUCAUGAUUCUUUUUCACUCUUGCCUUGGCUCUAAUCCUCUUUGGUAUUACAUUGGGUCGCGGUUCUGCCAGAUGAGCUGGACUGCCGCUCCUGUAAACUGGCCUUUGACUGGGACAUGUCCGACAUAUGCUGAUGUGUGUGUGUGUGUGUGUGUGUGUUUUUUGUGUUGCAGUGCAGAAUCCCUGUGCGGAUCAGAAUGGAGGCUGUAUGCACGAUUGUCGGGUUGAUGGUGGCAAAGCUCACUGUGACUGUAGAAACGGCUUCAUCCUGGCCGAAGACGGGAAAACCUGCGCAGGUAAAUUUACAAUGGUCAAUUUGAUUUGGCAGUGAGAAGACUAUAUGGGAAAAAUUAAAGGGAAAAAAAUGUUUUAUCUGUCAAUCUGACCAUCUCUGUAUACACUCAUCUUCCAGUCUGGUAGAAUUUUGAUGUAAAGAGUUUCCUCAGCACUUUAAAUAUUUCUGUAUUUAAACAUUGGCCCAAAGAGUCAAAUAUUAGGAUUGCAGCCAGCAAAGAAAAACAAAUCCACAUUUCCAUUUCAAAAUGUCAGGAUUGUUGUAUGGUAAUUGAGAACUCCAGACAAGUUAUAAAUGGUCUCGGCUGUGAUUUAAACACAUUAAGAUUUUUAAGAAGAAAGAAUUUAGACGUUAGAGGAAGAUUCAAGAAUUUCAGGCCAAUGUUUCCAUUUUAGUUUCCAACUCGGAGGAGAAAGUUUGAAAAGAUGCUUGUCAGGGCUGAGAUUUGUGGGAAGCUCAUACUGUAUAAAACAAAGGUGGAUGCAAAUGAAUCUGUGCAUACCAGAUGUAUUUCUCCUUUUUAUCAUAUUUUAUUCCUUUUCUACAUAUUUUUGUGGCAGAUAUCGAUGAGUGCGAGACAGAGGAAUCCAACUGUGCUCAUGGCUGCCACAACACCCUGGGCUCCUUCGCUUGUGUGUGUAACACGGCGUAUGAGCUGGGAUCUGAUGGAAAACAGUGCUACAGUCAGUACAAACCCUCUUUGUUUUCAUACUUUACUUUAUGUUAAUUACUUAAGUUAUUCAAGAUAUUUCAGUCCUGUGAUCAACAUGAGUUAUCUCUUCUUCAUGUAACAGGAAUUGAGAUGGAGAUUGUGAACAGCUGUGAGAACAACAAUGGAGGCUGCUCGCACCAUUGCCAACAUUCAACCAAUGGACCUGUUUGUUCCUGUAACCAAGGCUACAGACUUGAUGAUGACCUGAAAACCUGUGUUGGUAAGGCAUGAUCGUGCACUGACUCAAAAUGAGAACGGGACAUGAACCGUAAAAGUUCACAUGCAUAGAAAUGAAGUGGGUUACUCUCCCUUUAUAUCAUCUUAUCUGGAAGUUUCAGCCCUGCUGAGGACACAUCUGCUCUUUUCUGGACAGUAUUCAGUUUGUUUUGUCCAUUUUUUCCCAUAAGUCUGCACUUUAGUCCUCGGGUCAUGAGUCAGCCUUUCCAUUAGAUACAUUUCCUCCACAAUGUCAAAUCACUCUGUACUGUAAACCCGAACAAGUUCAGAAAACUCCAAGUUUUGUCAUGACUGAUUACACAAGAACUUUUAAGUUAUGCUGAUAAAUUCUUUGAGUUACACUGUAAUUAAAAAAUAUAUGUUCUUAUUAAGUUUAAUCUAUUUUUUUUAAUUCCCUUAACUUAACUUCAGGGAUUAAUAAAGUUCUUCUUAAUCUUAAUCUUAAUAUUUAUGUCUUCUUUAUACUUAAAUGAUUUGAUUGAAUGAUACUUAUAAAAACUAAAUUACAUGGACUUGGAAAAUUAAAUGUACACAAUGUAUUACAUCAAUAGUAUCUACUCAAAAUAUUACACCCUAAUGAACUCAAAAUAUUUACCAUUUGCCAACUUAAAAUGUACAAGAUGCCCUGUUUUCAGUUCAUAAUGCUCAAAUCUUGGAUUUGGGGUUUCACCACUUCCUCAUGAUGACCUUUUUGAACCGUAUCGCUGGUGAUAAGGCCCAGGUACACAGUCUGGAGGUCACUUGGGAUCUUGUAACCUAAAAUUCCCUGAACAAUCUGAACAACCUUGUCCCAAAAUGUUUGUAUUUUUAUAUAAAGCCAGGAAAUGUGUAAGUAAUUGUCAAUGACAUGCCCACACUGUCUGAUAUUGUAGCUGUUUUCCUAUAAUAAUACUGCAGAUUUGGAUUUGGGCAAAUUGCUGUCGAGGUGUUAAUAUCUAAAGACAAACUCUGCCUAAACAAGUCAGACACAAUGUGUAGGUGCGGAUUCAGCUUGGGGUACUGAAGGAGCUCUUAUCCACAUUUGUAGUAUUUUAAUAGGAGUUAGCUUUACACAGCCCAAGUGGAGAUUCACAGAGGUGAAACAGAUUCCUCCACAAUACAUUCCUGUAAGAUAUCAUCUUUCGAUAUUAUAGCAAUCUGUCUUCAACUUUCAACUCCAGCUGUAUUCUUGUCUCUUGAGUUACUUGGACAAGAAGGAAGUCUUGGAUGAAAGUCCAACUAUCGGCCACACUGGAGGUCUUGAAUAGCGGUCAGUUGCUCCCUGAGGAAAACUGAGGAUGAAUCAACAGAAUGGAUGGCUGAUGAUUUGACUUUGAUCGUUUUUCAAAAUGUCGUCCAUGUUUCUGUUAAAUUGUUUGCUGAAUGAAAGUCUGAUUUGUGUGAUACUGUCACUUCCCUUGGGAAUAACUCAUUCGAUGUAGUUGAUCGUUGAAUCCUCAAGACUGUAGAGAAACAAUAAUAAAAAAAACAAGACGAUAACAGGAUUUUUCCUUCCCUCCUUCAAGUAUAAAACAUUUUUAACAGCUGAUGCUCAUAAAUGAAUUUAAAAAAAACAUGAACUUUCUGGACAGAAAUGCUGCUCUGGUGAGGAGAUUGAAAAUCAUGAUUUGUGGGUCGACUCCUGUAUGAAUCUUUCUCCUCUUCGUCAGCUAUAACUUUUCCCUCAAUUAGCUGUUAAAUCUGUACAGUUUAUAUUUUCUCAUAAAAGUUAGUCGGAGUGUGUGCAACAUACCCCUGCUGUUGGCUCAUGAUGCUUGUGUUUCUGCUUGUUGUGUUUGGCAGACGUGGACGACUGUGGAGAGCAGAGCUCCUGCUGCGAACAGGACUGCACCAACUACCCGGGAGGUUACGAGUGCUACUGCUCAGCAGGAUACAGACUCAACUCAGAUGGAUGUAGCUGUGACGGUAUUUUGAACCCUUAAUCAUUAUGUGGAUUUCGCUUCCAGUUUUAUGUCACUUUAUAAACCUGAAUUCAAGCCUGUGUUGGAUUUGGCAGAGUUCCAGUUUGACUCUGAAAACUUCAACACAAACAUACUCGGUGUUUUUGUUUCACUCUAUGAUUUAAAGGAGGUUUCUCUCACUUAGAUGUCUUUGGUUUUCUUAUAGAUUCUCCUCUCAUUGUGGGAAGAGUGUUUAAGUAUUUGUUGUGUCUGUGCUGUUUAGAUGUAGACGAGUGUCUGGCCGUUAAUGGCGGUUGUGAUCACACAUGCCAGAACAGCGCAGGAUCCUUUCAGUGUUUCUGCCGCCGGGGUUUCCGUCUGGAUGAGGACCGGCAAUCCUGCAUCCGUGAGUACCGGCAAUCAUGCUAAAAAGAAAGAGAGAGAGAGAGAGUGAGAGAGAGAGUGUGGGUGAGUGGGGAUCACACCAGAAACAUGCCAAUGGAAACCUGGCGCACGCCUUCUGCAAAAUACAUCCUGUGUUCAGAGUCGUUCAUUGAGACUGUAAGCAUUCAGAAAGAGUUUGAAAUUUAACAGUCAGCUGGAAAAAAGUGGGCAGGUAUAGAAAUGAUCCAAAAUAGAUUUUCAGGUCUUGAGUUAUGUGGAUUUUUACAGCAGACCUGACUCAGUGGAGAGAGGAUACUUUCGUACUGAAAACUAGUGCUGAUAGAAGUUCUUGGCUCUUUACUUUAAUAAAUGUAGUGAUAAUGUAUGAACCACAGUGAAGUAAUAUUCUGGUACAAGUAAAAAAAACGGAUUUGACAAAUCAGCAAAAAAAAAGGAAAAAGUUACCAAUUUAAGUAAAAAAAUCCUCACUAUCUGAAACUCAGUUUGAUAGAUUAGAGUUAAUGUAUCAGGUAAACGUGCUUUUAGGUGUCACACUUAUUCAAUAGUACCAAAAAAACAUAAUGUCAGAAGAAUCAAUAGGAUAUAUUUGCAGAGUCUGUAAUCGACAUUCUCCUCGCUUGUCUCUCUGCAGCACUUGAAGAUGCAGUUGAGGCCUUGUCCAGCGGGGGAGCCAUCGAGCUACCUCUCAUCCGCCCUCAGCUCACCUUGAUGCAGGACUACAGCCAGGCUCUGGAGCGCUACGACGACUACGAGGACGACGAGGGAGAGCUGAGGGCCGAGAGCAACCUGGCAGAGAAAUUCGGUGGGUUUCCUCCCUCAACCAUUAACGGCUCAUUAUCAUCAACAGGAACCUGUAUCCCAUUACCUGAGUGUGACUCCCAGGAGGUGUAGACUCAUUUACUGCGGGCUGAAACAGACUGCAUGCUGAGGGUUAAUUACUGAGAUUCAUGUUUGCAGACUGUUGGUACACACUGUAUCAGCAGAACUUCUCCGGCAGGAAUGCUGAAGCUUACGAGAGCUGGCAGCUCAACAAAGCCCGAACAGGAAAUCAGAGGGUCUGGUUCGUGUUAUACAAACUUAAUAAACACUUUUUACAACAGUUAAACUUGACAUUUUGGUUGUUGGGGUUCUUUUUUAACUUGACAUAAACAAAAGCUAAAAACAGUUUUGACAUUUGUUGACCUGAGAAAUGUUGAACAGGGUUUGAACACCGUCCACUUAGAUCAGUUUUGAGACGGUUUGCAGACUUUUUCCACUUUCCCUUUGCCUACGUGUUCCUCCCAAUUUCCACAAAAGCUUCAACGUUUUCUGUCAGCAUUAAAACUUUUACAGCCUCUGACAUUCAAUGAAAAAAAUAUGUGUUGUGCCUUCACCAAGCAAACAUUGGACGCUUCAGGAUGAACUGAAGUUUUCAUUUUACCGCCUUGUUGUUCCAGUGUGUUUGGAUGACACAUUCGGCAAUGACUGCAGUUUGACUUGUGAUGACUGCUCUAAUGGAGGAAGAUGUAACACAUGGAAAACUGGCUGUGAUUGCCCUGAUGGAUGGACGGGCAUCGUCUGCAACCAGAGUGAGCAUUAAGAUACACAAAUACAAACACAUAUGCACACAGUUACUACAGUACCACAAACAGUUUGGAGGUGAAAACCCUUUCAUUUCUAAUCCCACAGCAUGUACAGAGGGCUAUUUUGGGAAAAACUGCUCCUUCCCCUGUAAGUGUAAAAACGGUGCCAGCUGUGAUCCGGUCAGUGGGAGCUGUCGCUGUCCACCAGGCGUGAGCGGGGACUUGUGCCAAGAUGGUGAGUUCAGUUAAGAACAGAAGUACUUGUUCCUUAAUCUUCAGUGAAAACAUUUCUGUCCUGUCACAGCGGGAUCAAAGUUUCUCAGAGGUAGUUCACUUGAGUUUACCGAGUUUUACUUUUCUCUGUGCAGGCUGUCCUAAAGGCUUCUAUGGAAAACAGUGCAAUAAGAAGUGUAACUGUGCCAAUAACGGGCGCUGCCAUCGGACUUACGGAGCCUGUCUGUGUGAUCCCGGUCUCUACGGACGCUUCUGCCACCUCCGUAAGUUCAGACAUUACUGCGCUCUUAGCCUUGAUCGGUCAUGUAAGGAUUAUUCAAACAUGAUUUGACAGACUCCCUCUCUUUUCUUUAAUUUUUACAAUAUUUAAAGGGUUAAUUAUCCAUUUUAUCGUCGGUGAAUCGUCCUCCUGUGAAAUCACAGCUCCUCAAUCUUCUGUUUUCCCUCUUCAGCAUGUCCUAAGUGGACUUUCGGUGCCGGCUGCUCUGAAGAGUGUAAGUGUGUCCAGCAGAACACGCUUGAGUGUCACCGUCGUCAUGGCACCUGUGUUUGUAAACCGGGUUACCAGGGCAACACCUGCAAGGAAGGUGAGUCCACUGUCAUAGUGUACGACCUAACAGAAGACUAAACUGGUAUUAAAGGGAUAUUCCGGUGUAAAUUUAAGUUAGGGUCAAACACACCAUUUGUGGGGGAGCCCUGACGAGUCGAUCACCAAGUGCAGCAGAGUUUCGCAGCUCAAGGAAGAACAUCUAUGAUUAUUACUUAAUGGAAAUGCAAUCAGACCGAGACACUAAAGCAGAAAAACUACCGCGUCCGCAGUGCAAAAUGAUUAUUUUGAUGAUUAUUACUUCACGAAAAUGAUCCGCUGCACUCGGUGAUCGACUCGUCAGGGCUCCCCCACAAACAAGCGGCUGCUGGAGGAGAGUGGUUGAGUUGUGUUUAGUCUCUUUGCUAGAUAAAUCAGGCAAAGUUAAAAAGAUGUUUGGUGGCUAAUACUAUGACUGAGACCCUCUAUGUACUGUUGAUGAAGUUAGGUGCUGUUCUGAGCAUUAUUUAUGGCUAUAGAGUGACUUUUUUGUUGGAAUUUGGCGUGAUGACGUAGACCGCUGUGUAUUGCUAUUGUGCGGUCAUACUAAAGUUGGUAUAAUUGGAGAAGCAAGCAGUCGGCAACAUUCAACUCUUGUGUCGGUGUCUAACUCGGUGUGACAGUGUUUUUGACCCCGACUUGAUUUUAUGCUGGAAUAUCCCUUUAACUGUUUCUUUUUGUUCAGUUUUAAUGGUUUCAGAGAUUUGAAUCCACAUUAAUCAACAAAACAUGUAGAAACAAAAGUGAGAGACAAAGAUAGUUAAAGGAAAAAAGACACUGACACAUCACAAUAGAAAACAAUAAAAUCAAAGAAAUAAAAAUAAAAGAUAAAAUAAAUAAUACAUAAUAGUAAUGAUCAUCCACAAAAAAUGUGAACAAAGAAUUGUCUCCUGUAACUCUGACCUAUUGUCUUCAAAUAUUUCUGUAUAAUCACAUCUGUCACUGAUGGUCUUGUUUGCUUUUGCAGCUCAAAUAGAGCCAUCAGUAAUCGUUUCAGUCUGUCUCAUAAGAAGUCAAAGUUUCUCAGAGAAACUUCAAUAAACUUUUCAUGUUGCCAAACUCGGUGUGUAAUCAAAAUGCAUUUCAGCUGCAGCCAGAUCAAUUUUUUCUCCUAUUAUUAUUAUUAUUAAAGUUAUCACAUAUUUACAGUAUGAGUCAGUGGAGGGGUCACUGCUGACAAAAGAUAGACAAACCCUGAGAAACUCACAGAAACACUUCUUAAAGUUAGAUUUUCACUGUCUCCUGUUACAGUCGUCUUUACAGUCUGAGUUUUUAUCUCCAGAGUGUAACCCCGGUACAUAUGGAGCCGGCUGUGAGAAGAAGUGCUCCUGUCCACCUGGAGUGUCAUGUGAUCAUGUGACUGGAGAGUGUCAGAGGAAGUGUCCUCCUGGUACUCAUGGGGAGAACUGUGAUCAGGGUAGGUCUUAGUUUAACCCGUCAGUGGACCUGUCAGUAAAGUUACCUCACUGUCUGCAAUUGUGUCGAAAUAUAAGAGGAAUUCAAUCAAUAAAGUUCUUCUUCUCCUUCUUCUUCUUCUUCUUCUUCUUCUUCUUUUUCUUCGUAUUCUUCUUUUAUUACUCUUCUUCUUUUUCCUCUUUUUCUUCUUUUUCUUAUCUUCUUCCUUUUCCUCUUCUCCUCCUUCUUUUUUCUGUAUUCUUCUUCAUCUUCCUCUAUUUCUCCCUCUCUUUCUUCUUCGUCUUGCUCUUCUUUUUUCUUGUUCUUUUUUUCCCUCUUCUUCUUCCUAUUCUCCUUUUUCUUCCUCUUCUUCUUCAUCUUCCUGUUCCUCUUCUUUGUAUUCUAAUUCCUCUUCUUCUUCUUUCUCUCCUUUUCCUUUUUCUUCAUCUUCUUGUUCUUGUUCUUGUUCUUCUUCCUCUACUUCAUCCUAUUCCUUUUCUUAUUCUUCCUCCUCUUCAUCCUUUUCUUCUGCUUCAUCUUCUUCUUCUUCCUCUUCUUCUUUAUCUUCAUAUUCCUCUUCUCCUUCCUUAUUUUCCUAUUCUUCUUCUUUUUCUUUUUCCUCUCCUUCCUUUUUUCUUUCUCUUCUAACAUUUCUUCUUUUUUUUCUUCUGCUUUCUCUUCUUCCUCUUCUUCUUCCUCCUUUUCCAUUUCAUUAUCUUCUUCUACUUCCGCUUUUUCUUCUUCCUUUUCUUCUUCCUUCUCUUCUUACUUUUACUCUUUUCUUCCACUUCCUCUUCCUCCAUUUCUUCCUCUUCCUCUCCCUCUUCCUCCUUCUUUCCUCUGCCCUGUCUCAGACUGUCCGGAGGGUCGUUUUGGAGCAGGCUGUGUUCACUCCUGUAACUGCACCAGCGCUCCGUGUGACAAAGUGACGGGUCAGUGCAAGUGUCCAGCGGGGACAACAGGAGAGCACUGUGAGAACUGUGAGUGUCGGUGUUUUAUUUUCACAGUAAUCUCUCAAAUGUCUCAUAAUUACAGUGAUGAUGAUAAUUUUCUUAUCCAAUCAGUGUGUCCGGACGGUCUCUGGGGUCCCGGCUGCACACAGACCUGCCCUCUUUGUGAGAACGGAGGCAUUUGUGAUAAACACAACGGGUCGUGUAACUGUGCUCCAGGGUUCAUGGGCAGACUCUGCCACAACCGUGAGUAUCAGCGCUGUGCGUUCUUAGUUUCCAUGGCAACGUGCAUAAAAUAGUGACCCAUCCAAGAAACUCUGCGGUAAAAGGAAAUGUUGCAGCGGUGCAGUUUGGACGAGAAGUAAAGCAACAUGUCAGAUGAUGGAGGGGAAGGUUUUCUCAGGGGUCAUUAACUAAAAUCCUUCAGCUGUUUGAAAGCUGCUCCUCCUUCACUCCGGAUGAAUCAAUUUAUUCCAUUUUCAACAACCACAGCUCUGAGGGAUUCACUCGACGGCUGAAUUAUAACCAGAACUGUCAUGGGAACCGGCUGCGCCUCCAUGAGAUCUGGUAAAGAUGGUUUUGGUAGAUUAGUCAUCACGUUUGAAAUAUCCUGUUCCCUUGUGCAGCUUGCCCGAGUGGACGCUUCGGUCAGGGAUGCCUAAUGAAGUGCGUGUGCGAGAACAACGCUCGCUGUGACCCUGUGAGCGGGCGGUGUACCUGCGCCCCUGGCUGGACCGGACACCACUGCAGGAAAGGUAACAGCGCUGAAAAAAACAUACUUUACAUCACCUCAGAAAGGAGGAUUACAUUAAUGGGACGUUUCUGCUGCAGCCUGUGACGCCGGACACUGGGGGGCCGACUGUGCGGAAACAUGCGACUGUAGGAACGGAGACGGAAGCUGUGACGCGGUGACGGGGCAGUGCAACUGUGAGGCCGGUUACACUGGGACACGCUGCCAUCAGAGUAUGUCAUGUUCUAGUUACAGCAUUUUAAGGCCAACCAAAAUGUUCAUGACUAACAUUUUUUUGAUGUAUUUUUGAAUCGUACUUUCUCCACUGAUUAUGACUUUAAAGGAAUUAUAAAUGCAGCAUGAUGAUGAUAACUUGUGGUCACUCUACAAACAGCAUUUCAGACUGAGAUGAGAGUCUGAGGGCUGACAUUGUUAACAAAUGACGAGUUAACUUACUGUGGUGCAUCAUUCUGAUGCUGUUACUCAUGGUGUGACCACCAGAUGAUGCCAGAGUAAAAAUGUUCAAUCUAAGAGAGUGAUUUUAUCUUAUUGUGCUCUCAUCAGUUUGUUGUGUGUGUGUCUACAUUACUUUAGAUUCUGUACUUUUUCUAUCCCAUAAUCAUACGGUUGUGCCUUAUGUUUCCUCAGAGUGUCCAGCAGGCAUGUUUGGUCUCGGCUGUCGUCAUCGAUGUCAGUGUGAUAAUAAAGCUCUGUGCGACCAUGUGAGCGGAGCCUGUACCUGUCAGGUGGGAUGGACCGGAACCUUCUGUGAAAAGCGUAAGAGCAGCUCCUCCAUCACCUUCUGAAUCUGAAUAUAUGCUGCUAGGGCUGAGCGAUAUGGGAAAAAGUUUAAAACGAUAUAUUUUUUCAUACCAGUCGAUAUCGAUAUAUAUCACGAUAUAAAAAAAUCACUUGUCAAUCUUAAAUGUUCCUUGUUACUCUUAAAUGAAAUUUAACAGUGCUUAUUGAUAGCAUGUCUUUUGCAAUAAGCUACUGCUUCUGUGAGGUCUGUUUCGGCUGCACAGGCGCCAUGGCCUCCUUGCUCCGCUCGGGGGUGGAACCUUUUGCAUUGCACGUGCUCUGCUGCAUGUCACUGCUUCAGGUGGUGAAAAAGAUUUGAGGUAUUCCCCGACUUUGCAAGAACAUGUACUCGACAUAAUUUGCAGUGCACAUUACUCUGCUUCAUGUCCGACCUCAAAAAAACAAAAUACCUCCACACCGCCGACGUUUCGUGCCAGUUUUGUCGACAGUUGUUGUCAUCAUCUGUUGAGCCUUCAUCUGCAUUUCUUCCAGGGGUAGCACUCAUUUUCUUUUUUUCUCACCGACAGCGCUGUCAGCGUCAUAUGUUAAAGCAUUAUGAUUGCCUGUUGCUGCAGUCUGCUACUAUGCAGUUGUUUGCUACUUGGUUCUAAUUCAGCACAUGAUUGGCUCAGUGCAAAGCAGACCGACUCCCCUUUUCAUUGGCCAUUUGUAUAGUUUACCAAAACAUGGCAGAAUGCCGACUCUUGAAAAGCAUACUGACCAUGUUUCAUAUUGAUAUGCAUCCAUCCAUCUGGGGAUGGGCUGGAGCCUAUCCCAGCAUCUUCGGGCGCCAGUUCGUCGCAGGGCUGACAUAUAGAGACGAACAACCAUCCAUGCUCACAUUCACACCUAUGGGCAAUUUGAAAAUGACCAAUUAACCUAACCCCACUUCUGCAUGUUAUCGUUGUAUCACCCAGCCCUAUAUGCUGCUAACAGGUAUUCUGUUAACUCCUGUGUGUGUUUGUGUGUGUUUCAGCGUGUCCUCAAGGUUUCUACGGGCUGGACUGUCAGGAGAAGUGUUUGUGUCUGAACGGAGGAAGCUGCGAUCACGUCAGCGGAGUUUGUUCCUGUCCUGCAGGCUGGAUCGGUCCACUCUGCAACCUCAGUGAGUGACAGCUUUAGCGCAGAGAUUUUGACUCCUGUUGUGUGACGGACAGGUUUAACUACAGGUUCAGGUGCUUUUGUAACAGGACAUAUAUGUAGCAGCGUCCGAGCACAGAGAGCAUCUUUGUAACCCUGACUCAGAGUGGAACAAAACCUCGCUCAGUGUCAGAGUUAUUUGGGAAAACCCAGCUCAGUCACACAUGAGAAAGCAGCGGCUGGGUGUUCCCCAUGCGGCGUCCUGGAUCACUUUCCAGACUCAGGAAUUUCCACUUUUGAUCCGUGGAGUUCAUGAAAAGGUAAUCAUAUUGUUUGUCCUCUCAUGGCAGCGUGCCCGACCGGUUUCUUUGGGGAAGGAUGUAACCAAACCUGUACCUGCCGUAACGAUGGCAUCUGCCACCCGGCCAGCGGACAGUGUGUGUGCACGCCGGGCUGGACCGGACCCAACUGCACAGAAGGUCAGCGAACACAACACUGACCAAAGCAUUUCUAUAGCACAGGUAAAUCAGGGGUCACGGGAUGAUUGUGUUUGCAUUUCCUUCUCCCAGAAUGCCCUGCAGGGUUUUACGGCACCGACUGUCGACAGCGCUGCUUGUGUCAGAACGGAGCCACCUGUAACAGAACGAACGGAAAGUGUACAUGCCCCAGAGGAUGGACCGGCGCUGCGUGUGAACUCGGUAAGACUCCGAGUCUUCAUAUGAGUUUCCAUAAAACUACCUUCUCACGGAUCAUUGAGAGAAAACUCACUCCAGCUUCGGUCUGGUGUUUGUACUUUUUGCCGCUAUUUAUUAAAACAUACUUGGAGCGGAGAACAAGAGAGAGGCCAACAUCCUCAAAAUCUUUUAACUUCGCAGUCGAGUCAAAGGGGGACAAACGUUCGGGGCUUUUUCCUUUAUUGUGGUGGAAAAUUGUGCAACUCUGGCAAACACCGAAGUUGUAAAGUGACAUUUAUAACCAGUUAGUUUCGCUUUAAAACAAAUCUGGAAAGAACUUAUUAAUCUGUUGCUGCGUCCUUUGGUCAGGGGUCUUUGCGUGGUUAAAAACACAAAAGUCAGACCCAGCUGGUGUAAAAACGAAAUGUUCCUGUGACUAUUACAGUGUUUGUGUGUUUCUCACAUCCACAUGCGCAGCCUUGUGCAUGUCUUCCUCCAUGUUUCUCAAAUUACCGUUCAUUCCUCCCCUCUCCAUGACCUCUGCGACGCUCUAAGAAUAAGUCGUGUUAUGAGGGGCAGAUUUUCAGGCACCCGUAGAGGUUUUUUUCUCCACACAUACUUUGACUGUGAAAGCAGAAAUUUCUGGCAAUAUGUAAAUACUAAAAAAUGAUCACAACUCACUGUUACAUAGACUCUUACUACUGCUGCUUGGCUCCUCUUAAUAACCCUCAGAACAACUUUAUUCUCUAAAUAGACUCAUAAACAAAAUGGACAAGCAGCAGAUGUUCAAAAAGGAAAAAGAGGAGAAAACUCGGAGGGAAAUCAGAGUGUGAUCUCUUUAUGUUAGGAAACUCAUCACUCAGCGUGGAUUUGGUGUUCUUAUAUACAUAUAUGUGUAGGGCUGGGCGAUAAACCCAAAAUUUACAGAUACGGAAAUUUAUGACAAUAAUCAACGUCAUUUUGCUCAUAUCAAUAUAUUUGGUGUCAAAAAAAUAAAUAAAAAAGUUUGUUUCGGAUGUGUUACUCCCUCAUGUUCUCACUUUAACCAACUGAAGGCCAGUUUGAGUCCGUCUGGUGAUCACAGCUAUUAUUUUCAUUUUUUUGCCUGCUGGAUGUUUCAGUUUAAAACUGACUCUCUUUUGUCUGACGGGUAGUUUAAUUACAAGUUAAUUUAAUUUUCCUCCCUGUUUGAGUCUUCACACAUUUGGCUGCAUCACGCUGAACACUGAUACCAGACAGGGGAUCUUAUUGUUUUGUCUAUGAUUCACAGACGCAAAGGAAAAGUAAUGAAUAGGGCUGGGCGAUAAACUGAAAGUUUACCAGUCCAAAAUUUACAACAAUAACCCACAUCUAUUUGCUAUCAAAAAAAAAAGAUAAAUAAAAGUUGGUUUUGGAUGUGUGUAGGUAGGCUAUGGUCUCAUGUUCCUUUAAAACGCUGUCCUACAUCAGAGACGUGACUCCACCCCAUCCAGUCCGUAACAAGGAGGGACAGGCAGGUGAGGAGGUGGAGGACGGUUCAAAAGUUGUAGCGGCUGAAGUAGACGAAGUUAAUGUAGGAGGGGGUGAGCAGCUUGUGGAGUAGUUAUCGUCCAUUUAUCGUUAUCAGAGUGAACUGCUCAAUAUAUCAUGAUAUUGAUUUGAGGACGUAUCGCCCAGCCCUACACAUAUGCACCGUGUCAGCAUAGUUUUCAUAUUUUCAUCCACACUGAUGUUGCGCCCUAACCUAAAGAUUAGAUUAGAUAAAUGAGGUGGCAUCAGUUUAGUCUGAGGAAAUGAAGGGUCACGACCUCAAGUCCUGAUACAGAUCUUAGAGUAGAAACUGGACAAAGAGAUGCUAGUUCACUUCCUGGCCAUUGCAGAGUUGCCCUUGAGCAAGACACUAGAGCCCCGUGGCUGAUCAUUCAUGUACCUCAUCCUGCUCUUAGUUCCUGUCCAUAAGAUCUUGUUUGGAAAAGAUAAAACACUGUAUCAUGUAUUCACAUGUGUCUUUGCUGAGUUGAAUUUCUUUAUGUUCUUGAUGAAGACUCAGCUUUACAAACCAAGCUUUACAUCUGAAUUUGAUCUAGCCUUGAAAAAUUAUACAGAAUUCUUUAAUAUGAACCCAAAUGCAGAAGAAAAAACCUUUCUUUCCUCCUGCAGUGAACAUCUCAAACAGUGUCGUUCAGUCUGAGUUCAGUCUGCUGCCUGAGCUCAUCAGUUUUACCCACAGUCUAGCUCAGAUCGUUUCUGCACCACAGACGAGUCGAACCCUGUAAAAGUCUCUGUCGACCCGCCGUUGACUCUCUCCCCCCCUGAGCUCCACAUCACACACUAUCCUCCCUCUGCGACAGUUACAGCCUCUCACUGUCGCCGUGCCAGGACCCUCUGCGAGUUCAGGAAACCUCUAAUCCUGUCGCUGAAGCGCCUUUACCCACGAAACCCUGCGGCUCCUACCUCUGAAUUCUGACUCUGUACUUUAUAAAACCAUAAAUUACAGGGGGAGGACACCCAAACAUGCUGGAUGACAUUUUCAUACAUAGUCCACAUCAUGUUGUCAGUUUUCUCUUUCUCUUGUGUUGUCUCAUGUGUUUUUUUCGUGUGUAAUUUAGAGUGUGUAGCGGGACGGUUCGGGGAGGACUGCCAGCAGCUGUGUGAGUGUGAGAACGGCGGUCAGUGUGACAGACAGAGCGGGCGGUGCAGCUGUAGCUCUGGCUGGAUCGGACAGCGUUGUGAGAAAGGUGAGCCAGUGAGCAAAACUAAUAAACCUUCAAAAAAAAAGCAGUAACCUCCUGGGAGUGUGUGGGGUUUUUUUUGGUUUUUAAUAACUUCCACUUUGCACCCUUCCCACUCAGCAUGUGAACCCGGCCUGUUUGGUGUGGGCUGUGAGGAAAGAUGUCAGUGUGUGCACGGAGCUUCAUGUGACCACGUCACAGGAGAGUGUGACUGUCCACCCGGCUGGAGAGGAAAACUCUGUGAUAAAGGUACAAACCUGCAAACAAAGAGAGUGUGGCGCUGCUGCAUCCUCUGCUAGAUAGUUAUGUGUCUUCUGCAUCGAUGAACCGAACACCUUUGUGUCUGCAUUUGUUAUCUGUGCUCCUGCUGAGAGCAAGAGGUGUGAGUGGAGAGGAUGGACGAAUGUGCAGCAGUUAGAUUUCUCAGUUUGUUCAGUCCAGCUGUUUCACUCAGUCUGAAUAUCAACAUUUAUGAGUUUGCAGACUUGACUGUGGUUCCACAACCAAAUAUUUUUUUAUUAGAUCUACAGAUAUUAGAAUUUAAGAAAAAGUAACUCCUUAUAGUUAACAACAGCACACUGUUUAUUUAAUCUACUUAGCACUCUAAUCAUGUUUGUCGUGGUUGUGUCUCUCGUACAAAACUGCGUAUGAUAGGGUUAACGGGGAUCCUAAGGAAGGAAGGAGGGAAGACAGAAAGAAAGAAAGAAAGGAAAGAAAAAAGAAAGUUUAAUGAAGAAAAGAAAAAAGAGAGAAAGAAAGGAAGAAAAGGAAAAAAGAAAGGAAGAAAGACAAAAGAGAGAAAGAAUGGAAGAAUGAAAGAAAGAAGAAAGAAAGGGAAAAAAGAAAAAAGGAAAGAAGACAGAAAGAGUUUAAUAAAGAAAAGAAAAGAAAGAAAGAAAGAGUUUAAUAAAGAAAAGUAAGAGAGAAAGAAAGAAAGAAAGAAAGAAAAGAAAAAAGGAAAAAGAAAGAACUAAAGGAAAGAAAGAAAGUAAGAAAGAAAUAAGGAAAAAGAAAGAAAUAAAGGAAAGAAAGACAGUAAGACAGAGAUAAGGAACAAAAGAAAGAGAAAAAAGAGAAAGAAAAGGAAAGAAAGACAGAAAGGAACAGCAGACAAAGAAAAGACAAAAAUAAAGAGAGAAAAAGAAGGAAGGAAAGUAAAAAGAAAGAAAGAAAGAAAAGGAAAGAAAUAAGAAAAGAAGGAAAGAAAGAAAGAGGUUUAAAAAGAUUAAAGAUUUAACCUUGAAAUAGAAGAGAAAAAAAUCCCUCUCAUGUCAUUAUUUUUUUCUCUUCUUGUGGCCCUCAUCCUCAGUCGUAGAUUUUGUCUUUUCUGGCAUUUGUAGUUUUGUUUAAAAAAAAAAAAAAAAGAAAAUAGAAAAGCAGAAACGCCUAACCAGUCUCCCUUACAGAAUGUGUUUCCUCUCAGCGUGUUUACCAGGUACGUUUGGAAAAGGUUGCUUGCAGCGCUGCAGCUGUGCUCAGGGAACGUCCUGCCACCACGUCUCUGGAGACUGCGGCUGUCCUCCAGGAUUCACCGGAAAUGGUUGCGAACAGAGUGAGUGAACUUCAGCUCUCACUAUUUUUCAGUCAGCGGAGGAAAUAAAGAAACACACUCUUUAAAAAAAAACACAUUUUUAAAGACUCAAGGAGCAAAGAGAAACUCAUGUGACAGCUCUCUCUCUCUCUCUCUCUCUCUCUCUCUUUCCCUUCUUCAGCUUGUCUUCCAGGAACAUUCGGACGAAACUGUAACCAGGUCUGUCAGUGCUCACAGACCAACCAGCUCUGCCACCCGGUGUCUGGAUCAUGUUACUGCGCUCCAGGUUUCCAGGGCCCCAAAUGUGACCAAAGUAUGAAAGCAGCAGAUUUAAACCUCUGAAACAAAUCCCCAAUAACUCUUAUUUUUAAAAGAGUUUAAUCUCUGCUGUUUAUCUGAAGUUUGCAGGGAGGGUCAUUACGGUCCAAACUGUGAGAGAGAGUGUCAGUGUGAAAACGGAGGACAGUGCGUUCCUUCAACCGGAGCCUGUGAGUGUCCUGCAGGAUUCAUCGGAGCACGCUGCAACAUCAGUGAGUCGAUAUAAGUUUUUAUUUUUACAGAUUUAAAAUGAGUAACUACAACAGAGUGUUAGGGCCACAUUUAGAAAAAUAAAAUGAGACUUUGAGAUUAAAGUCAUAAAUUUAUGAGAAUAAAGUUGUAAUAAAAUCGUUAUGCUACUUGUUAUAAUGUGGUGCUUGUUUGAGAAACCAAUAUUGAAGUACAUUUUCACGAAACGCUCCAUGGCUCUCAUUUCAACAACUAUCAUCUUAAACUACAGCUUAGAAUAUUAAGAAUUUAUUACAACUUUAUUCUUGUAAUUAAACAACUUUAAUGUCAAAGUCUUUUCUUUUUUAUUUGUUCUUAAUGUGGCCCUAAUACUCCGUUGUAAAUAUCUGUAAAGGAUGGUAAGUUACUCGUUGGUGUCUGUGUUGUGGCAGCGUGUCCAGCCGGACGCUACGGGGUCGACUGCACUCAGGUGGCGCUGUGUGGCGACGGAGCUCUGAACGAUCCGGUCACAGGCCGCUGUGUGUGUUUACCUGGACGCAGAGGAGAGGAUUGUGGGAAGGGUGAGUUUGUGGCUCAUUGUGUAACCUACUGUAUUGGAUUAUUAAGUAACACAUUAUGUUGUGUUGUACUUCAACUAAUCCCAUAGUAUCUAUUUUUAUACCGUCUUAUCAUUAUGUGACAUAUUCUAUUACGCAAACCUCUGGACUUUAGAAAACCUUCAAAUCUUUAUCUCUGCUUCAUCAGUGACCUCCUGACCUCUGAGAAUAACUUCAGAUCUCUGCAAAGGAUCACUUUUAGUCCCUCUAAAGUCCAGACUCCUGUGUGCAGCUCUCCAUUAGUGUCAUCCACUCUCUGUUUUUACUAUGAUGGAUUAUGAAGGUCUGGAUACUUCAAUGUCAGUAAAGCGGCAUUUCAUACAAAGCAGGAGUGAAGGGCGGCAAUUUGCUUUUAUCCCGCGGUGACAAAAACAUUAAGUUUGACGUUUUGCAGGAGUGUUUUUUAAAAAAUGUUUUUGUCCUGUUAGUUGAAUAAUUGAAGUCUGUGUUUUUCUCCUCAGGCUGUCCUCCAGGCUGGUUUGGUGCAGACUGUGUCCAGCGCUGUAACUGCAGUAAUGGAGGAGUGUGUGACUCUGUGAGUGGGAACUGUACCUGCGGUCUGGGCUGGACUGGUGAACACUGUGAAAAAGGUGACACUACACUGUGAUUUAUACUGUCAAUGAAUGUUUUUGGUGUUUUGCUUUGCUACAGGUUGAUUCAACAUGUACAGAUUUAGACGUUUGACUGCCUGUACUUUCGUCCCUCAGAAUGUCCCGCAGGUAAAUUCGGUGCUAACUGCCAGCUGACAUGUAGCUGUCAAAACAACGGGACAUGUGACGGAGUGACAGGGACGUGUCAGUGUGGAGCGGGAUACUACGGACAUUUGUGUGAACACGGUGAGGAAUAAACGCUCAGAAAUAUCCUGAUAGUUCUUCAAAGUCAGCAUAAAUAGGGGAGACUGGGGCUUGUUGUCACUUGGGUAAGUUGUCACGUUGCAAUAAUCUUUGCCACCAGAGGGCGCAACUAAAAAGUGGAGAACUAGUUUUGUUCCUUUACAUGGUCAGAGGUCGUAUCCUGUCAUUUUGUUUAUAUAUGAUGUAUUGAUUCCAAGACAUAUAUAAGAGUGAAAAAAGUGUGACAACAAGCCCUGGUCUCCCCUACUUGUUUGUUAAUCCAUUGAGAGGAUUUUAGAGGUGAAUGUCAGCUUUAAACCUCAUUGUUCGUCUCCCUCGUCCUCAGCGUGUCCCUCUGGUCUCCACGGCCCACUGUGUCAACUCCAGUGUGACUGUAUGAACGGGGCGUCCUGUCACCCUGUAACCGGCGCCUGCAUCUGUCCCCCAGGACACCACGGAGCUCGCUGCCACAGAGGUCAGUCGCACCGACCAUAAUCACCUCAUAAUUACAGAAGGAUCAGGGUGUUUUAUUGAUUAUUGAUUUAGUCCUCUUGUAAAAAUGCUCUUCCUCUCUCAGUGUGCGAACAGGGGACGUACGGCCUCGGCUGUGCGAGGGUCUGCGACUGCGAGGAUGACGCUCCGUGUGAUCCUGUGACUGGAAGAUGUCUCUGCUCCUCAGGGAAGACUGGAUCCAGAUGUGACAUCGGUAAGUUUAUGUUGAUUUAUAACCUCUGACAACGUCCACACGAUUAUCUUUCUUUUAAGUCAAGAAAAUUCAAACAGGAGGUCAGAUUGUGAAAACUGUGGGACAAAGUGAAACUAAAAGUGUUUUCAGUUUUUAGUUUCCUCAAGCAUCUGGCUAAUGCAGCACGUCGUUCUGAAGGAGAGCGUUGACAGGAAUCAUUUAUUGUCUCGCUAAAGUCGAUGACCUGAGACUAACCAUCUUAAAUGAGCAGUUCGACUUUGUCCUUUCGCUGAUAUAGGAACAUAUUAAGUUAACCCUUAUGUCAAGCUGAUGAAUAUGUUACAGCAGAAAGCCACUCAGCUUAUAAAAAGAUUUUAAAAACUUGGAAGAAGUAAAAAAAAAAAAUCAAGUUGUAAACAAAGAAAACAGGGCAGAAUUCCCAAAUGUCAAAGCACUUAUUUAAAGUCAGUGUUGUUACUAAUAUUUGACAAAUCCAAGAGUGUGAUAGUGUGUAAAAAAUCUCAAGUCUCUGAUCCAUUUUUAUUUUGAAAAUAAUUUAUUUUGUGUGAUUUUUUUUCCUCAAAUCAGUGACGUCACCUUUAAAUCAGCAUUGAAAGGGUUAAAAUCGAUAUCUUUAAAAAAAAAAAAUUGUAUCAGGACUGAGCUUGAUAAAGGGAUCUAAAAAAAAAAAAGUUAAAAAAAAAAAAAAAUCUAAUAUUUUUCCAGCAGCUAAAGUUCGUGGCUAAAAACGUCCACAAACAGGACAAAAGCUGUAAUUUUUGAGCAGUACAUAAGAAAUCAAAGUAUACUCGUCUCUGGAUUUUCCCUUUUGUGUUGAUUUUGUGUUUUGUUUCAGCCUGCAGAUUGAAUCAUUACGGACCUGACUGCGCACAAACCUGCGAGUGUAAAAACGGGGCGCAGUGUGACCCACGAAACGGCCGCUGCACCUGCCUGCACAGCUGGAUCGGACUCUACUGUCAAGAAGGUGCGGUAAUGACCCGCUGACAUGACUGACACGUGUGUAUCUCUGCUGUCUUUACCUCCUCUCAUUAUUACAUCCGCUCGGCGGCGGGCAGGUGACGAGCCGCGCUGAGGCUGGAGUCAGAGCAGGAGUGACAUUUCCGCUGACUCUGAGAAAUAAGAGACCAGAACUAGUCAAAGUGCUGACAGUGUUUGCUUCCUGUCUGUGUGUGCAGACUCUGCAUUUCCUCAGUGUUCUGAUCCAAUAUGAAUGUUUGCUGAGCUGGACUCACACCUCUUUGUGUGUGUGUGUGUUUUCUCAGGUGGACCCCCUCGCCUCACCUACAGCAGCAGCAGAGGCGAAUCACAACACGACAACUCGUUGUAG